ACGCAAGCUGACGUAAGAGAUCAUGUGGGUUUUGGCGUAGAUCACCACCACCGAUCGGAGAGGGUUUUUUUUUAAUUUAAUUUAUUUUUUCCCCCCCAAAUUGCUACUGGGUUGUGGGGUUUUUUUUGGUGUGUGCGUGAGUGUUUGUGUGUGUGUGUGCGUGAGUGUGGUGGUGGUUGCUUUUUUUUUCGCGGCGGGGGUGCGGUGGGCCGAGUGUUAAAACCGAGAGUCCCGGACUGUCUCCCCCGCGUUCUAGAACGCGCACCGAGAGUUCCAUUCCCGGGGAAAGUUCCGUGUCUCGGCGUUCCAAAGCUUUGAUCGCAGGUAAGGAAGGGGAAGGAAGAAAGAAAGCAAAAGAAAACAACGUUCGCCCUCCCUUCCUCCGCCCCUAUUAUUAUCAUUAGGCUUUUGGUUUGUUUGUUUUUAAGAAGGAACAAGGAAGUGCGGUUCUUUGCAAAAAAAAAAAAAAAAAAAACCAACAACCCCGCUGCUAAAUCUUUUUGCCACAUGGACUUAAGAUGCUCUUUGCUUUUGCCCUGUAAACCCGACCGAUCGGGCAAGCCACUCGGCCCUAACUUUUGCUUCUUCCUCCGGGGGAGGGGAAAAAAAAGCUCCCGUUUUGUUAAGAGGACUUGAGAGCGGGUGGGGAGGGGAGGCAGGGAGGGAGGGGCGUUGAGAGGAAAGAUUGCGAGGAAGGUAGCAAAAGAUCGGAUUAAAAGGAAAACAUACACGAGUAUUGGAAAGGAGGCCCUUCGCUCUCUCUUCAAGCCGAUCUCAAGUUGUUGUUGUUUUAAGGGAGGAGGGGGCUGCAUGCCGGGCGGGGGGGGUAGGAGCAAAAAAGGAGAGAAGGCGAAGGGUUUUUUUCUUUAAAAAAAUACAUUAAAAAAUAUGUCUACGUUUCCCUAUGUCGACAUCAGCCACACAAAAUAUGGCGUCCGCUUUCGAGAAGGCGUUACGUAGAGGCGAGGAAGGCGAUCUUGGAAAUCCAGGCUUGGAGAAAGAGGGUCACCCCCGCCCCCUCCUUUUCCCCAUAACUGCAACGUUGGUGGAGCGGGUGGGGGCCGGACGCCUUUGCCCUCGUGUUCCCAGCGCGCCUCCUGGAAGACGGGGUCAGAGUUUUAAGGUGGGGAGGGGGCGGGAAUGGGGAGCGUUAGCCCCUCCAGGCUCCGAACAAGCACAGAUUUGGGCUGCAAUUCCACGCACACACCAGAUUUGUCUUUCAUGCAGGCACCAUGACGCGUUUGGGCUGCAGUCUCUUUCUUUCCCCGCUGCAAACCCGCAAAAAAAAUCUGUAAAUUGACAGGAGACGUUGUAUCCCCUCCCCCCCCCCAUUAAUAGGAAAUAAUGGCUCUGUUUAAGCCACGCUUGCAUAGCAUAACGCGUCGGGCUAACUCUCCUCCCCACCCCCAAAUUUUCCCACCACUACCCCAUCUUCUGAUAGCGGGUGGGGAGGGGCGAUCAUCUUCUUGGCGCAUCCCCUCUUUUUUUUUUUUUUUUGCUAAGAAAUAAAAAAAAUAUAAAUCUUGCCAAACGCCUGGUGUAUUCCAACGCCCUGUUGAAAAACCAAAACAAAACCCGAAAUGGGGAAAAAAGAAGGUUACUCCUAACCGUUAUUGGUUUUACUUCUGAUUUGAUCCUGUUCCAAAGAUCUCCACAAUCCUGGGAAAUGUUAAGGUGUUCUGGUCAUCAUUCCACAUUUCCUUUGGAGAGACUUCCAGGUCUAUCCUUUACCCCACCCAAAAAACCUUCCCCUCCCCCCAUCAGUUUUUAUUUUCAUAGGAUUCGAAUUGGACUUGCUCCUUUCCUUUCUCACUGGGGAAAGCGAGAGAGAAAAGACAACAGCAAAGGCUGCCCCAACCCCUGAGAUAAAGUGCUGUGGGAGAGGCUUGCUUUUUGAGGAAGUGAAGUUUUGAUUUGCUGAGAAGUUCCACCUGGUUGAUUGACUUCAAAGCCAUGUGAGCCGGUUCGGAGCCCUAGACUUGUUUCCCCGAUGGUCUUUUGUUUGCCGGCUGGAGGAAUUCAGUGCCAAGCUGGGUACAUUAGUUGGUUAUCUUGUCUUUCCUUUGAAAGGGCACGUUGUACUUCUGGCAGCUUCAGGUUUUGAACCCUAAAUUGUGCUGAUCCUAAUGCACUUGCCAGUUAAGAGCAAUAAGAAGCAGGCAGCUUUCAGAGCAGGUGUGAUCCUAUUGCAGCAACAACAAACAAUCUUUUUGCACCCUACAGGAAUCUACAGUUCUUACGGCCUGUGCUCUCAUAGAAUCAUAGAAUUGUAGAGUUGGAAGGGACCCCGAGGGUCAUCUAGUCCAACCCCUGCAAUGCGGGAAUCUCAAAUAAAGCAUCUAUGGCAGAUGGCCAUCCAGCCUCUGCUUAAAAACCUCCAAGUUAGGAGAGUCGACAGCCUUUCAAGGGAGACCGUUCCACUGUCAAACAGCUUUCAUGGCCUAGACUCCAAAUGUAUAAUGUGUCGUCCUCAGUUGAUUGAUAUAUGCAUGGGCAUAAAGGGUGUGUGUGUAAACAGUGGGGUCAAAUAGUGAUGGUAAGGUAAAGGGACCCCUAACCAUUAGGUCCAGUCGUGGCCGACUCUGGGGUUGCGGCGUUCAUCUCGCUUUAUUGGCCAAGGGAGCCGGCGUACAGCUUCUGGGUCAUGUGGCCACCAUGACUAAGCCGCUUCUGGCGAACCAGAGCAGCGCACGGAAACGCCAUUUACUUUCCCGCCGGAGUGGUACCUAUUUAUCUACUUGCACUUGGACGUGCUUUCGAACUGCUAGGUUGGCAGGAGCAGGGACCGAGCAACGGGAUCUCACCCCGUCGCAGGGAUUCAAACCACAAACCUUCUGAUCAGCUCUGUGGUUUAACCCACAGUGCCACUCGCAUCCCUACUAAAUAGUGAUGAGUGACCUGCAAAAAAAAUAUGGUCCGUGACGAUUCAGUUAAAUCUUAAAUUUGUGUAAAAUAAACUCUGUGACCAUGCACAGUAGUGGCAAUUGGUGCUAAUACAAUCAUUCACCCCAGUUUUGCUAUGUUAAUUUACCCUUGUAGCUAGAUGGGGGCAGUUUCCAGCCCCACAACAAAAAAAGGGGAAUAAAAAUGUGUGAUGGGAAAAAUGAGGGGGAGCAUUUGGAUUAAAUGCAAUCAAGCUAGCUUUUGAGUUGCACAGGACUUGUCUUUUCUACGUGAACAGCUCUGUACAGUUUGCAGCUAUCAAAUCCACUUUGCCCAGUUGAAAACUGUACCCGGGUCCUGCUUGCAAGCUUUCAACAGGCUUCUUUUGGGGGACCGUGAGAUCAAGGUGCUGGACCUUUGGCCUGAUCCAGCAGAUCUUUUCUUACAUCCUGAAAGCGGAAUCGGGAACUUUGCUGGAUUUGGUAUUCACAGCUCAAUCCUGGGCAUGUUUAUUCAGACGCUAACUUAGGUGUCUAGGGCCAAAGCCUCAGUAAAGCAGGACUCUGCAGAUAUUGACCCGGUGUGCUGUAUGCCAGCCAUACAUGGCAGGUGAUUUUAGACCCCAGCACAUUUCUGCUGCCCUUAACAGGCAACAAACCUAGGAGCUUUAGCAUUGUCCCAUUUAUGUCUACUAAACACAGUGUUCUACCUUCAUGGUCAGAGGCAGUAAGCCUGUAAAUGCCAGCUGUGGCAAUCUCGGGUAGAGUGAGUGUUACUGUGUUCAGGGUCCUGCUUGGGGGCUUCUUGUGGUCAUCUGACCCUGUGGGCCACUGUGACCCUAGAGUGUUGGACAAGAUGGGCUUUUGGUUUGAUCCAGCACAGCUGCUCUUGUGAUUUUUACACCUUGAUGGAGCACGAGUUGUGCAGAUCUGUAGUACAGUGGUACCUUGGUUCUCAAACAACUUGGAACCCAAACACUGCAAACCCAGAAGUAAGUGUUCCAGUUUGUGAACUUUUUUCGGAAGCCGAACAUGCUCCGUUUUGAGUAUUGCACUUCCGAUUUGAGUACCACACUUCCGUUUUGAGUGUUACGCUGAGGUCUGUCUGUUUUUGCUAUUUAUUUUGCAUUUUUGUGGCUUUUUUUUUGGUUUGUGACUGUGUGGAACCCAGUUCAGCUACUGAUUGAUUGUGUACCUACAGUACAGUGGUACCUCGGGUUUCAUACGCUUCAGGUUCCAUACGCUUCAGGUUACAGACUCCGCUAACCCAGAAAUAGUACCUCCGGUUAAGAACUUUGCUUCAGGAUGAGAACAGAAAUCGCGCAGCAGCGGCGCAGCAGCAGCGAGAGGCCCCAUUAGCUAAAGUGGUGCUUCAGGUUAAGAACAGUUUCAGGUUAAGUGCAGACCUCCAGAACGAAUUAAGUACUUAACCUGAGGUACCACUGUACAUUGUUUAUUGCUUUCGUUUGGAUCAAUGGUCUCGUUAGAUAAGUAAAUUCAUGUUAAAUUGCUGUUUUGGGGGGUUGUUUUUAAAAGUCUGGAACAGAUUAAUCCAUUUUGCAUUACUUUCUAUGGGAAAGCGCGCCAAAACACUUUGGUUUUGGAACGGACUUUCGGAACGGAUUAAAUUUGAGAACCAAGGUACCACUGUAGAGUUUUUGUGGGCAGGUAUGCAUUGGGUCCCAAGCAGGCCAUAUGCUCUGCACGUCCCAAAUUCAGUUUCUGUCAACUUGUGUUAAAGGGAAUCUCAAGUAGAGAGCUGAGAACCAUCUCCGCCUGAGUCUAUGGAGGUGCACUACUUGUUGGAGUUGACAGAGCUGAGCUAGAUGGAGCAGUGGUUCGCAAGACAGUGGGGACCCAUGAUUAGUUUCUUUAAAUGCCAAGGGGUGGUCAGUAGAGGUCCCUGAAUCACAUCAGCACUGGAGUAAGUUAACCCUACUAUUGCGGUUUCUCACUACACGCUCCAAAGUGGUCAUUUGCUCCAUUAAGAGAAACGUGUGGGUACCUAUAAUUGUUCCCUAACAGGACAAAAUAGAAAGGAGAGGGAGCAAGUUUCUAGGGAGGAAAUGGCUGAAAGGAAAGGACAGCAAAAGAAGAAGUUGUAGUCCCAACUGGGACCACCCCACAUACACAAACAAGACAGCUGGGCUAUAGAGAAAUGCAAAGAUACAGGAAAUCUGAUCAUCAACAUCAUUGUCUGGUUGCUGUUCGUGUAGCACAGUUUCAAAUGCUUCUAUAUAGUCCUAAAUUCCAAGUUUCCUAUUACUGAGCUAUUUUUAAUACAGUGUGCUUAAAUUCAUUGUUGCUCUGGCAAUAAGAACAACAACAAUAAUUUUAAAAAAUGGGAAACAGAGGAACUGAGAUUUAUGAAGCAUGGAAGCCAUAGCUGAUGCGAGAGUGAGGUGUCAGAAGCCAGAGGGUUUUCUUGACCCUUUAAAAAGCCCAUAGCCUUAGAAGAAGAGGACACCACCCACUUUGGGUUGUCUUAAACCCCUCUGGUUCGAGCAGGACUGGAACAUGUCUAAGAGGGUUCGGCAAUUAUAGCUUAUAUUUAAUAGAAUUGAGGUUUUUUCAGGCAUUCUGGAAAUCACUAUCAUAUUCUGGAAUUUUCCAUUUCCUGACCAGAAACAGCUUUCCAACAUAGUACUCAACUUUUCUAUCAUUCUGUGUAAAAGUAGAGAAGAAACCACUCCCUCCCCCAUUUUAAUUUCUGCCAACAGCUGUGUAAAAUCAGGAAUUACAAUAGACUUUUACUGUUCCAAGCAAUUCUUACAAAAUUUUAAAAAGUAAACUUUGCCUGAAGUGCUUCAAGAAGCAUUUACUUACAUCAAACACCGGGGGGGGGGGGUUACAGUGGUACCUUGGUUCUCAAACGCCUUGGUACUCAAACAACUUGGAACCUAAACACUGCAAACCCAGAAGUAUGUAAGCAUUCCAGUUUGCAAACCUUUUUCGGAAGCCGAACAUGCUCCAUUUUGAGUUUUAUGCUUCUGUUUUGAGUGCCACACUUCCGUUUUGAGUGCUCCACUGAGGUCUGUCUGUUUUUGCUGUUUAUUUUGCAUUUUUGUUUUUUGCGGCUCUUUUUGUUUUUGUGACUGUGUGGAACCCAGUUCAGCUACUGAUGGAUUGAUUGUGCGACUGCAGUACAUUGUUUAUCACUUUCAUUUUGUGGAUCGAUGGUCUCGUUAGGUAGUAAAAUUCAUGUUAAAUGGCUGUUUUAGGGGUUUUUGAAAGUCUGGAACAGAUUAAUCCAUUUUGCAUUGCUUUCCAUGGGAAAGCGCGCCUUGGUUUUGGAACGCUUUGGUUUUGGAACAGACUUCCAGAACGGAUUAAGCUUGAGAACCAAGGUACCACUGUAGAAAUAAGUGAAGAAGCAUCCAUAUAUAAUAGCAAGUGGCUUCACACUUUGCUUCCCCUUGUGCUUUCUCUGUGUAGCUAAAGUAGGGGUGGUGAAUCUGUGGCCUUCCAUAUGUUGAUGGACUACAACUCCCAUCAUCCCUGACUAUUGGCCAUGCUGGUUGGACCUGAUUGAAAUAGGAGCUCCCCGGAACAUCUAGAAGGCAACAGAUUCUGUACCCCAAGCUAAAGGGAUGAAAUGAGGAAACAACAUGAAUAAGUUUGACCAAAUAUUAUUUCUACAAAUGGAUAUGUUUCAACGUUUAUGCCCUGCCUUUCUGUGAUCAAAAUCAAACUCAAGGCAGCUUUCAAAUAAAGCUUUAGGUCACGGGAAAAGUCUUGUGGCCUCUUAUAGUAUAGACAGUGCUAUGGAGAGUUGUGGGGGGACAACCCCAGAAAACCAGGAGGGAGGUAGAAUAGAGCUGGAAUAUUCUCCAGAUGUGGACUGCAGCUUCCAUCUGAUGGAGGUUAUAGACCAAAACAUCUGGAGGCAACCACAUUGGCUGUUCUUGGAACAGAGUGUCUUAGCUGGGUUACUGGAACCCUAAACAAGGCCUCUCCAUACCGGGCAAUUUGUUGUGUGUCUGACUUGGGUCCCAUAAUCCAGGAAAAACAGGGUUCCCUGUGGAGAUGAUUCCAUAUACCAAGAAGGUUUAAAAACAAAUACAAAGAAACUUAUAAAUGUGUGAGGGCGGGGGGAACCUGCAAUCAGUGAUUUGCCUAACUUUGUAAAGCAGUUUUUUGUAUACUGUUCCAGAGUUGUCUCUCUGAUUCUGCCCCCAGCUUCUGAGCUAUCAAUACAUAACUGCGUCUUUGUUGACAUAGAAAUUAACACCGCCUAGAAUUGGUGAUAUGUAGGCCAUGAAGGUUUGCACCUUUUCCAUCUGUUUUCAAGGAUUGAGGUGAUUUAAUUAGCGCUUGCCCUAGUUGCUCCCUGACAUUUGGUCCAGUCGGAAUAUUUUGUGUCGUUCUGGGUGGUGGUUUUAUGCAGAGAUGUGAAAUGGCAGAAGAAGGUGUUGGAAAAGUGGAAAUGGGUAAGGAUAAACAGGGUCUCACCUCACAAGACAGAGCGAGUUGACAAAAAUCAGCUCUGUCUGUUAUACAUACAUAUUUAUAUGAAACACGACAUGUAGAAAACCAAUAAUACAGAGGUUAGGCUCAGAACUUUCUUUAUGUGACAUGGUACUUUUCUAACCAAUUUAAUCUCCCCCUUUUUUUUGGAAUGUUUCAAGUUACAGGCUUCAACUACUGUUUGCUCUGAAUGUAUCUCCCUCCCCCCCCCCCAGUGCAAGAGACUGGAAUAUUAUAUGUUUAAGAAAUAAAUUUAUGUUGUAAUUGGGGUCAUAAUGGCUGAGUUGUAAUUGUUAUUCCUGUUGGCUUGUUUUUGAGAACAGCUAUAAUGUAACUUUAAAAACUCUUGUUUUUUUAUAUAACUGGAAGUAUAAAAUUGGGCUGUCCUAGUAGGCUAUUUGUCUUUGUAACAAGGGGAAACAUUCAAAUAUGCAUUCCUGACCUUCAGUCUUAAGUAAUACCAUUGGGGGCCAGUUUUAUCCCAUGAUCUUCUCUUUGGGAAGAUUGGCUGUUAUUCAGCUAAACAGUUAGCCUGACUUGGGUGUCAUGCUAAACCAUAGUUUACUGUGAUGACAGUUAGUGUAGGGGAGCCUUAGACUCGUGCUACCCACACCUUCCUAUAGUGUGGCUGAGAGGAGAUGCUCAAAAGCAUUUGUUUCUGUUUUUGAUCAUCCGAACCUGACAAAUUAUGGAUAAUUUUAACUGGAGUCAAUGGAAAUUGCGGCAGCUUCAAACUGGUUUCUGAACCUGGUUUAUUUUAACCAAUUGUAGUUAAAACCAACCACAGUUUAGAGUGGGAACAACACACUAAACUGUGUUUAGCCUAAAUAUUCUGUGGUUUUAAAAUGCAGGGCUAAUGCCUCUACAGACCAGUCCUAAGCAUGUAAGUUUUACUGAGUUCACCGGGGCUUCCUCCCAAGUAACAGAGAAAAGGUUACUUAAUUGGAAGCAAAUAACGUUUGAGAUUGACGGGAUUUCCUUCCCCGUCAAGUCUGUUGCACAUUUCUUAAGCAGAUGAAUCUCUCAUUAGGCUGCAGGCAUUGUCACACUGUGUGCAUUUUAUCAAGGUCUACGGUAUCCUUUUACUGUGUGAUACUUUGUAAACAGAGCUCUGGCCUAGAUAGGUUUACUGCUUCUUUAUUCCUGCCUAGUUAGCAAUCGGUUAGCCUCUUUCCUUUGUCCCAAGUUAUUUUACCCAACCCUCGCUUUUCAGGAGCCCUUCCUGCAAAAACCACAAAGCUCCAAGAAAUCAAUUAACAACAGACAGCCGAGGCGAAAUGCAAUUUAGGUCAUCUGCAGCCAGUAGGGAAGAGAGAGACGAUGGCAUUCUGUGAACACGUCCCGAGUCUGUCCAUUGGCCUGUCUAGUCCAGUCCAGUCUGCUCUGAUUGACAGUGGCUCUUCUAUGUCUCAGAGGGAGGGUCUUCGCUACCACCUGUUACCCAAUAUCACUUUAAUUGAAGGUGCCAGGAAUUGAAUCUGGAAACUUCUAUCUUCUGCCACUUAGCUGCAGCCUAGGGAGUGCUGGAGAAAUCGUUGUUCAGCGUUUAAUGCAGACUUAAAUAGCCACUUACAUGGUAAUCUGUGGCAAGGAGAAAUUCUCUCCAGGUGACAAGACAGGGAAGCUCUACAGAAGUCUGGUGUUUUCACCUAUUAAGUUGCAUUUGAAUAGCCUUGGUAUAGAUGGGCAGGCGCUGUGAGUUAAACCACAGAGCCUAGGACUUGCCGAUCAGAAGGUCAGCAGUUCGAAUCCCUGUGACGGGGUGAGCUCCCGUUGCUCAGUCCCUGCUCCUGCCAACCUAGCAGUUCGAAAGCACGUCAAAGUGCAAGUAGAUAAAUAGGUACUGCUCCGGCGGGAAGGUAAACGGCGUUUCCGUGCGCUGCUCUGGUUCGCCAGAAGCGGCUUAGUCAUGCUGGCCACAUGACCCGGAAGCUGUACGCCGGCACCCUCAGCCAAUAAAGCAAGAUGAGCGCCACAACCCGAGUCGGUCACGACUGGACCUAAUGGUCAGGGGUUCCUUUACCUUUACAAUGGUCACUGGCCACUUUUGUAGACUUGCUUGCAAGGCCAAUAAACUGGUGUUUGGGCUAAAGUCUGACUGCGUUUGACUUGCUUUGGCGCGGUGAAAAAGAAAUAGCCUCAGAUUUCUCGUACCUACGGGACCACCUCUCCCGGUAUGCCCCGUGGAGGACCUUAAGGUCCAUAAAUAGCAACACUCUAGAGGUCCCAGGCCCUAAGGAAGUCAGAUUAGCCUCAACCAGAGCCAGGGCCUUUUCAACACUGGCUCCAGCCUGGUGGAACGCUCUUGUCUCAUGAGACCAGGGCCCUGCGGGAUCUGAUUUCUUUCCACAGGGCCUGUAAGACAGAGUUGUUCCGCCUGGCCUUUGGCUUGGAAUCGACUUGAUCCCCUCCCCCUCUUUCCUUUCUCCUUCUGUGAUGGAACUCCUGUUUGGGGACUUCCCUGGCUUUUUGCUGGCCCACGUAGGACCAGUCUGGAUAGUUGGCCUUGGUGAAGAUUUGACAUUUUCAUCCCCCAAAAGUUUUUGAUUUGAGUUUCUACUGAAAGGAGGCUGCAUUUUAAUGUUGUAUUUUAAUCUUGUUUUUAAGUUGUAUUUUAAUCAAUUGUUUUUAUACCCCCGAGCCCGGUCUUGGCUGGGGAGGGCUGGGUAUAAAUAAAUAAAAAAGAUUAUUACUAUUAUUUGAUAGAGAAGCCAUUCAGGUUUCUCCAUCCAGGAAGUAACUACUCGCUUCCCCCUGCCCAAGUUAAAGGAAAAGGGGAGUGAAUUUUUGUUCGAGAAUUCAAAGAAGCCUCUUGAAGUGGGCAGGGCUGUGUCAGGCAGAUCAUGGCAUGCGUAAUAAUCAUGGUUUGAAAUUAGCAGGGCGCCAGGCGCGUUUUGCACCUAAAGAUUCUCUGUUUGCGAGCACCUCAGAAAGUCUGGGUGCCAUUUUUAUUUUUUUAUGUUUUUUGCGCCUGGCUGACACACAAUAAUUUCUGAAAUGUAUGUGCUUUGAAGCCUCGAAGUAUAUGUUAAGGAUAGACAAUACGUUAAGGAGUUUAACAAUAAAGAGUAGAGUGUUUGGAAGACUGAAGUAUGGUACCAAUAGUUUUUAUUGUAAGCACCCAAUUAAACAUGUAUUAACAAUUUCUGCUAAGAGCGUGAUAUUAAGAAUGUGUCACUUACGUGAAUUGUGUAUUAGCUCAUGCUUAUCAAAAUAAGAAAUAAAAAGUGUUGCCGACACACACACACACACACCCCAGUGACAACUAGACAAUCUUUUUUGGUACCCACAACCCAGGUCCCAAAAGCUAUUUGGCUCCUAGCUUUUCUAUCCCAGCUUCUAACACUGAUAAUAAAGGAACAGAGAGGGGGAGCAGAUAUAAUUGCUCCCAGACAACCCGAAUGUUUGAAGGGUGGGGUUUUCCCCUGAGACACAGCUUUGAAAAAGGUGGCAAUUCAGGAGUGUUGGAGCGUUACUGCUUUUUCUGGGCUGCAGUUUAGCUUGGUGUUUGAGUUAUUUUGCAUGCAGAAGAUCCUGGUUCAGUAAGCAAUAUCCCCAGUUCAAAACCCAAAAAGCAAGACAUCUGCUUAAAAUCCUGAAAAGGUGCAGCUUCUCAAAGUAGACAUUGCUGGCCUCGAUAAACCGAUAGUCUGGCUUCAGGCAGCUUCAUGUGUUUUCCGACAGUUUUUCAGGAGGGGAUGGGAGACUAGGGUGGGCUACAGUUUCCCCUCACCCCUCUUCUAGCAAGCAACUUCUCCCCAAACUGCAAAUCUUGUUUUUAAGGGGAAAGACAGCUCUUAAUUAGAUUCCUGGCCGGCAUUUAAAUUCUCUUGGUGCUGUACUGUUGGCAGAAAUAUGCAAGCGCAUCUCUUUCAGCUAAAGGAACUGUAGAUUGGAAAAGCACUUGAGAGCUAGUUCAUUACUUCUUUGCUUUCCGUGGUGAAUUAAUUAGAUUGCUUCUUUCCCCUAAAAUCUCCCCCCCCCUUCCUCCGUCUCCCCAUCCUCAAAGCUGCCAGCUUCAAUUUUUGAUUAAUUUUACUUUGGACGUUCAUAUUGCCUUUAGUAGCUUCAGCAGCAGCCUCGUUAAUACAUCUUAACUCAUUAUAGUUGUUUGUAUCCAACCAUAGCUUGCUUUGCACAAGGAACCAUGGGUCUGUGGCCCUCUUGAUGUUGGGCUGCAUGAUGUGGGAGUUAAAGAUAAAGGGACCCCUGACCAUUAGGUCCAGUCGUGGCCGACUCUGGGGUUGUGGCGCUCAUCUCGCUUUAUUGGCCGAGGGAGCCGGCAUACAGCUUCCGGGUCAUGUGGCCAGCACGACUAAGCCGCUUCUGGCGAACCAGAGCAGUGCACCGAAACGCCGUUUACCUUCCUGCCGGAGCAGUACCUAUUUAUCUACUUGCACUUUGACGUGCUUUCGAACUGCUAGGUUGGCAAGAGCAGGGACCGAGCAACGGGAGCUCACCUCGUCACGGGGAUUCGAACCGCCGACCUUCUGAUCGGCAAGUCCUAGGCUCUGCGGUUUAACCCACAGCGCCACCCGCGUCCCUUGAUGUGGGAGUUGAAGACCCACAAUUUCCACCCAUGCUUUUCCCAAGAGUCACUUUCUCACUGCUGCAAUGGCUUACCCGUUUUUGUCUCCCUUUUCACAAAUAUGUGAAUGUGAUUAACUAGGGGCUGUGCCCCUGCUCACUCUUCUCCCCAACCACUGCCACUCCCCCCUAUUAACCCCCUGGGGUCCCCCCUUCUCACCCCAUGCCACUAUCUCCGCCCCCACCCCCUCAGCCCAAACACUGAGGUCCAGCACCGCAGGAGGAGCAUGUGAAAAAUAACAAGGUAUACCACAGCUCAUUCUAGACUUGGCAUCAGCCUUGCAGAUUUGCAUUGGCUCCCUGUAUGAUCCCGAGCACAAUGCAAAGUGUUGGUGCUGACUUUUAAAGCCCUAAACAGCCUCAGCCCUGUGUACCUGAAGGAGCGUCUCCACCCCCAUCAUUCAGCCUGGACAUUGAGGUCCAGCUCCAAGGGCCUUCUGGUGGUUCCCUCAUUGUGAGAAGUGAAGCUACGAGGAACCAGGCAGAGGGCCUUCUUGGCAGUGGCACCCUCCCUGUGGAAUGCCCUCCCAUCAGGUGUCAUAUAAAGAACUACAGUGGUACCUGGGUUGUCAAACUUGAUCUGUUCCGGGAGUCCGUUCAACUCCUGGAACUGUUCGAAAACCAAGGUGCAGCUUCCGGUUGGCUGCAGGAGUUUCCUGUACUCAAUUGGAAGCUGCGUCGCAUGUUCGGCUUCCAAAGAACAUUCUAAAACCGAAACACUUGCGGGUUUCCGGUGUUUGGGAGCCAAAACAUACGAGUACCAAGGCGUUUGUGAACCAAGGUACACAACUUUUAGAAGACAUCUGAAGGCAGCCCUGUAUCGGGAAGUUUUUAAUGUUUGACAUUUUAUUAUGUUUUUAUAUGUGCUGGAAGCCACCCAGACUGACUGGGGACACAUAGCCAGAUGGGCGGGGUAUAAUAAUAAUAAUAAUAAUAAUAAUAAUAUUUCUGCUAGUGGAUCUGUCAUGGGCACCUAUUGGAUAGUGUCUGUGCCAUCAUGGAUAAUGAGUAUUUCUCCCAUGCUGCUCCCCAGUUUCUCAUUUGGGGCAUUUUUCUGGAGGAAAAACAGCCUUCCUCAAAAAGAGUUCUAAUGGUUUCAGUGUUUAAAAUGGACGCAGUGUGUUUGUAAGUUUCCCUAUUCUGUUUCACUUUUAUUAUUUCCCUUCCUUCUAACAUUUCCCUUUCCUUUCAUAACAACAGGAGAUACGGGAAGGUAGCAUCUCAGAGGCGUUCUUGUUGCCACCCUCCUUGCAACAGGUGCCAUUCUUUACUUUCAUUGGUGCUGGAGAGCUGGGGUUGCUUCUGCUCUGAAACGGAUGCACCAAUCAUUCACAUCCACUUUGGCAACCCAGGCCUUUCGUUGAUACAUAAAUCGAUAAGGAAAUUGGAUCAUGUAAUAUAGUUCUAAUGUGAACUGCCAUCAGAUGAAAAAUCAUGCUGGUGUAUUGCAAGCCGGUGUGUACAGAGGGGUGCCCGGGGCAUGCAUUCCUUGCCCCCAUGCUGAUUAUUUUAUUGUGAUAUUUAAUGCACAGGAGUUGUUUUUCAAACCGCAUUCCAGAGACCCCUGGGUUUUCUCAGUGAGAAGAUGAUUGACUGCAGAGAUGCUUCCCUGACAAAACAGUCACUACUAUUGGCAGAACCUAUUUGGUGUUUCGCAACUUUCUGACUAGUUGCAGGACCUUAGCCAGACCUAGCAGAGUACACACAGAAUCCACGGAAGCAACUGGUGACUUGGCUGCAGACAGGAUAGACAAAGCAGGAACCAGGAAAUUGUAGUUAGGUGUUUAUUAUAUACAGUGGACUAUUUACAGGAACAGAACACGGAUCUUUAGCUAGCUCUCUCUGACACGACUCACAACUCCCACACUGACACACUGAACCACUGAACUACUAGUUAGUAGGCCAUUAAUUAUCACUCCCUUGAGAGAGCUUGACCAGUCAGGGAGCUGUCUCUAUGCCUUUGUUAUCACCAGGCAGAGUUACUCCUUCAGAUUGCCUUCUGGCUGUUUGCCAAACCUUAAUUGACUCUGUGUGAGUAGCUGCAUGUACACAGUUUCCCAACAACUACUACGGGGUAGCUGCCUUAUUUGUGAAUCAGAUCACGCAAAGCAUUGACCAUUGAGCAACAUUCUUCCUGUUCUUCCUCUGCUGUGUGCAGCUCUGGAUAAUGUUGGGUAGCUUCUCCUAGGACAGGGGUGCAGGUACCAGGUUUUCAUGGCCUACUUUGUUCAGGGCCAGCAUCUGGAGUUGGCAGGGAUGCUGGGCCUUGGAGAGGCCUGUUGCUGCUGCCUCUGCCACCAAACCCUCCCUUGGCACCAUCAGGUACCUCACAUGACAUAGAAUCAUAGAACCAUAGAGUUGGAAGAGACCACAAGGGCCAUCGAGUCCAACCCCCUGCCAAGCAGGAAACACCAUCAGAGCACUCCUGACAUAUGGUUGUCAAGCCUCUGCUUAAAGACCUCCAAAGAAGGAGACUCCACCACACUCCUUGGCAGCAAAUUCCACUGUCGAACAGCUCUUACUGUCAGGAAGUUCUUCCUAAUGUUUAGGUGGAAUCUUCUUCUGUAGUUUGGAUCCAUUGCUCCGUGUCCGCUUCUCUGGAGCAGCAGAAAACAACCUUUCUCCCUCCUCUAUGUGACAUCCUUUUAUAUAUUUGAACAUGGCUAUCAUAUCACCCCUUAACCACCUCUUCUCCAGGCUAAACAUGCCCAGCUCCCUUAGCCAUUCCUCAUAAGGCAUCGUUUCCACUUUGACCAUGGAUCCUCCUGUUUUCUGCCACUAGUUGCUUACCACCUUCCCCCCUCGAUGCAUUUACCCAGGCCGCAACACUCCUUCUGGAUACAGAGCUGCUCCUUGGUGGGUAGCAGAAAAGUCCCCAAGAUGCAAUACCCACCAGUGUCAAAGUUAGGCAUUGCAUCUUGGGAAAUCUGCCACAGAGCUAUAGUCUUCCCACCACAGAGCCAAGUAAUGCUACAGCUGGGGAGACGAGUGACUGGCAACCAUUGCCACACUGUUGAUGCAUGCCAGUGACCUGCCAAAGUCUUCUGUUUCAAUCGGAGCCGGAUGCCAAAUAUAGGCUCAGAAGGGCAGACAUAGAAUUAAGGGUCGAGGUGCCUCAACACAUGCUCAACCCAGGAUUUGUUCCUUCUAUAUAAACAAUUAGCUUCAUCCACUCCUGGGUUCCCCCACCACACGCCCAGUCUAAUUUAGGGAGAUAAAUUAUUCCUGUUCUUUAUUUGUACCCUGCCUUUUUCCCCUGACAGAAAUUCAGGUGGCUUACAGAUAAAAUAGGAACAACUAAAAACAUUGGGGGGUGGACGACAACACAAUAAUUAAAAAAAAUUAAACAUCAAUAAAACUUUGUUGUUUAGUCGUGUCCGACUCUUUGUGACCCCAUGGACCAGAGCACGCCAGGCACUCCUGUCUUCCUCUGCCUCCCGCAGUUUGGUCAAAUUCAUGCUGGUAGCUUCAAGAACACUGUCCAACCAUCUCGUCCUCUGUUGUCCCCUUCUCCUUGUGCCCUCCAUCUUUCCCAACAUCAGGGUCUCUUCCAGGGAGUCUUCUCUUCUCAUGAGGUGGCCAAAGUAUUGGAGCCUCAGCUUCAGGAUCUGUCCUUCCAGUGAGCACUCAGGGCUGAUUUCCUUAAGAAUGGAGAGGUUUGAUCUUCUUGCAGUCCCUGGGACUCUCAAGAGUCUCCUCCAGCACCAUAAUUCAAAAGCAUCAAUUCUUUGGCGAUCAGCCUUCUUUAUGGUCCAGCUCUCACUUCCAUACAUCACUACUGGGAAAACCAUAGCUUUAACUAUACAGACCUUUGUCAGCAAAGGGAUGUCUCUGCUUUAAUAAAACUAAAACUAUUAAUAAAAAUCAAUAAAACUAAAACUAUACAAAUAUUAAAGGUGUAUUAAAAACUACAUGUAAUUACAAUCAAAACAGCAUGGCACCUCCCUUUUCGUUAAGAGCCUGAUGGAGCAAGAUACAGUCGUACCUUGGAUCUCAAACGCCUUGGCUCCCAAACAAAUCAGCUCCCGAACGAUCGAAACCUGGAAGUGAGUGUUCCAAAUUUCGAAUGAUUUUCGGAAGCUGAACAUCCGGCGCAGCUUCCAGUUGGCUGCAGGAGCUUCCUGCAGCCAAUCAGAAGCUGCUUUGGUUUUGAAAGUUGAAUGGGCUUCCGGAACAGAUUCCAUUCAACUUCCAAGGUACGACUGUAGUUGGAGGGACAGCAAGGAGGGAGCCAGUCUAGCUUCUCUAGGGAGGGAGUUCCAACUUUUCGUUGAUUGGGAUGGGCUGUUUAACCUUUGUAUCCAGAAGGCCUCACUUCUCUCCACAAGGACUGAGUUUCCACAUCAGUCAAGGUAAAGUUAACAGGGUUCAGUCUUUUCAAACCCUUUGCAAGUCCCAGUUCUGUGUCUGCAAUCUGAAACUAAAUACUGGGCAGUGUUGCACCAGUCUGUCUCUAUUUUGUUAUCGCUGCACCGAGAGUUGCUUUUGGCUCUGCAAUUCUGAUUAUUGCUUGAAUAAUAACUGACAAGUCAAUUGCAGUGAACUUUGAGAAAACUCUUUAUUAAAAAUAUUUUUUAGAAAAAAGUGUUCUUCAACCCCAAACCAAGUUUAUUAAAGGCUUUUGUUCCCUGAACCAAACACCAUUGCAUUGCAUCAGGGCAGGCGUUGCUUGCGGUUGUCAUAGCCCCAUGAGUUGAAGCACCCAAAUACAGCAACAAGGAGCCAUAGCUCGGUUUUCCCCAACUGGGUGCCUGUCGUCCAGCUGUUUCGAACUACAACUUUUCUCCACCCCAGACAGCACAGCUGAAUACUGUGAACACUAAAUUCUCAUUCCGCCACUGACUAGCUGACUCACCGGCAUAUAUUUAUUUGUUGUUGUUUUCUCGAAAGACUUACAGCGUAUCGCUUCUUUGAUUUCAUAGGCCCGAUGUGGAUUUUAAUUGCAAAGCAUAAUUACCUUGUGCUGAAAAUGUUUUGACUAUCAUAAAUAAGGGGCUCAACUGUCAGAAUAGAGAGCUAUAAUCUCAUUAAGGGUAUAAGAAGCAGAGAUUACUUUUUAAGGCAACAAGAGGCAGAAUUCCUUUUGUUAAGUUGGCAUUUGUACCUGGGCGCUUUAGCCCAGGAUUAAGGAACCUGUAGCUCUCUAGACGGCUGCUGUAGCAUCAGCUGAUUGCUUGUACCGUAUGGUUUUUAUGGAUUUGAUAUAUUAAUUGUGCAAAUUGCCUUGGAACCAGAUUUGGUGAAGGGCGAUACAUUGAGGUUUUAAAUGCAACAUUCUUGUUUAUUCUGUUGGUGAGUUGCCUAACACUGAGCGGUCUCCAGGCAACUCACAACAAUUUAGAAACAUGCAAAAAUCUUAAGGCAACUAAUAUAAAACGACAUUUUAACGUUGCCAAAAACACUACCAACAGCACAAAUAUGCGGUAAUUAGAGCAUAGCAACCAGGACAUCAUAUGCCAUCUAAAGUAAGCAAUAAAGUCUUCUCACAAUAUCUGGAUGGGGGUCCUGUGGCUAGCACUCUCAUCAUUUAUUUUAACCUUUAAAUCACGAACUUUGUCAAAAGACCACCAGUUCUAGGUUCUCCGUUUACAACAUAAUAAACUUGAUGUGUCAGUACAUAACAUAACAUCCACAGGAUGCAAAUUAAAACAGUUAUACAAAUACAAUUCAAUAAUCUGAACCAUACAGCCCAAUAAAUAAUACACAACAGUGCAUAAUGUAUAUCGAACCUAAUAACUAAAUACGAAGCAGCAAUGACAAAUUAUGCACAGUAUCAUCCCAGCAGUAAAUUUUACAACCCCGUGAAAUAGAGUCUCAUAACAUGUUAUUACCCACUUAAAUUGGAUGCAACUAUUAAACAUAAUGCACAUGUAAUAGCAAAGGCCUCUUGAAAAAUGAGGGGGAAAUCAGCAGCAGGAUAUCUGAAAUUCAGAAACAGUGCACAAGUGCUUAUACGUCUUUCUUCAAAGCUGGGUGAGGGUUGUCGGAGGAACCCUAUGCCCCUUCUGAAAACUACAAUUCCCAGAGUUCCUUGAGAAGAGGGGUUGAUUUGUAGCUCUGUGGGAAGACUAGGCACCUCCUAACAACUCUCAGCACCCUUAACAAGCUACAGUUCCCAGGAAUCUUUGGUGAAGCCAUAACUGUUGCCAAGGAUACCGCUUUGAGCGUGAUGGGAGCCUAGAUCAUAAAUGGCCAUUGGCCAUGCAGCUGAUGAGAGUUGGAAUUCCAGCAGCAUCUGGAGGGCACCAGGUUGGGGAAGACUGUUGUGUAGGGGAUUGGGGAACUGUGGGAGAGGAGAAACCCUGCUCCCCUAUUGAGUCAUUUUGGGCUCACAGCUGUCCAUGGAGGCGCAGGUCAAUUCUGUAUCCAGGGCAGCUGUCUACCAGCUCCACCUGGUACGCAGGCUGAGACCCUACCUGGGGUCUUGCCAGAGUGGCGCAUGCUCUAGUUAUCUCCCGCUUGGACUACUGCCAUGCGCUCUACGUGGAGCUACCUUUGAAGGUGACCCGGAAACUACAACUAAUCCAGAAUGCGGCAGCUAGACUGGUGACUGGGGGCGGCCGCCAAGACCACAUAACACCGUCUUGAAAGACCUACAUUGGCUCCCAGCACGUUUCUGAGCACAAAUCAAAGUGUUGGUGUUGCCCUUUAAAGCCCUAAACAGUUUCGGUCCAGUAUACCUGAAGGAUCAUCUCCACUCCCAUCGUUCUGCCCGGACACUGAGGUCCAGCGCCGAGGGCCUUCUGGCGGUUCCCUCAUUGCGAGAAGCAAAGCUACAGGGAACCAGGCAGAGGGCCUUCUUGGUAGUGGCGCCUGCCCUGUGGAACACCCUCCCAUCAGAUGUCAAAGAGAUAAACAACUACCUGACAUUCAGAAGACAUCUUAAGGCAGCCCUGUUCAGGGAAGUUUUUAAUGUGUGACACCUUAAUGUAUUUUUUGUCUUUGUGGAAGCCGCCCAGAGUGGCUGGGGAGACCCAGCCAGAUGGGCAGGGUACAAAUAAUAAAUUAUUAUUAUUAUUAUUGCUGGAGUAACCCCAAGAGUCUUGCGUUACUUUACAGCUGGGAUGGGAGAGCCUUUGGUUCUUGCUAGAACAUCUCCCAUCACCCUGGACCAUUGGCCAUCUGGUUCGGGGCUGAUGGGUGUUUGCAGUGCAUCAUACCCAGACGUUCAUCUGCAUCCCUGUUGCUUUCUUCAACUACCUGCAUUCCCAGUGCCCUUCCUGUCUUGAUCCAGAGAGUCUGAGAGAGGGAGCGAGAUCAUCCAGAUAGGAGUUGAUUGGCAGUUUAACACGCCGUCAUGAGUCAGCAGCUCCAUCACAGCCACCUGGCGCUAGUUGAGCUUUCCCUGGUUGCCAUGGCAAUGUUAUUUUAACAAACAGCCUCUUAAUAUUUAACGGAAGCCCUGCCUCUGGCAAGGCCGCACAUAGGCGCUGUAUCGCUGCUGCAUAAGAGCUAGCGGCAAAGAGCGGUUUGGGAGCCAAAUUUUUUGGCAUCAAACCCUCUGCUCCCCUGACGAAUCGCUGCAAUUCAUUAGCUGUCUGAAAAUGUAUGCCUGUCCCAUAGCCAGAGACCAAAUGCAAUUUAAAGGAAAACACAAGUACUCCUCAAUUGACGGCAGUUACUUUAAAACCCCCCAAAAAACUAAUGCAUGAAUCCUCUGAUAGUAUUUACUGAGAACAGCUGAAAUUCCCAUCCUGCCACUUCCUGUUUUCUAAACUCUGAGCUGGGUUUAGUUCAGGCUUGAUUUUCUUCGUUUGCCGCAUCGAUUUUUCUGCUUGAACAUAAAGUGUGGGUUGCUGUGCAGUUGGAGAGAGGGGCAGUGGAGGGCAAGAGGGAGAGCCUCAAUCGGCGGACGCGAUAUUUAGGGAAACGAAUCUUUUGCAGGAGACUUAAAAACAGCAGAAAGAGGACUUUGGGCUAGUUCUUGCAGAUAUUCGCGGAGCCUGAAUAAUUCACUCAGCUUUCAUAUUUUAUGCAGGAACUUUUGCUUCGGAACAUUGUGUCUCAGACAAUGGGCUCAAAGGCCGCCGGCUCCUUUUCCUCUCCUAGGGGAGUCGUGACUUUUGUUGCGGUCGCUGAGUAACAGAGGUGAAGAGCAACGAGCUUUGGCUGGGGGAAGUGCAGCUUGCGAUGGACUCUGCAGUCGUUGCUUUGGGGGCAGGGGUGGGGGGCAAGCCGCUAACGCCUAAGCUUGUUUGGACCCAAGGUGCUUGAUACUCGGGUCCAAAUAGUUGGGCAGGCAAUAAUAAUAAUAAUAAUAAUAAUAAUAUAAUAUAAUUUAUUAUUUAUACACCGCCCCUCUGGCUGGGCUUCCCCAACCACUCUGGGCAGCUUCCAACAGAAUGUUAAAAUACAAUAACCUAUUAAACAUUAAAAGCUUCCCUAAAGAGGGCUGCCUUCUGAUGUCUUCUAAAAGUCUGGUAGUUGUUUUUCUCUUUGACAUCUGGUGGGAGGGCAUUCCACAGGGCGGGUGCCACCACCGAGAAGGCCCUCUGCCUGGUUCCCUGUAACUUGGCUUCUCGCAGUGAGGGAACCACCACAAGGCCCUCGGCACUGGACCUCAGUGUCCGGGCUGAACGAUGGGGGUGGAGACACUUCUUCAGGUAUACUGGACCGAGGCCGUUUAGGGCUUUAAAGGUCAGCACGGAGUGUGUUACUUCCGGGUUUCGCCACUCGCGCAUGUGCAGAUGGUCAAAAUUAUGUCAUGUGCAUGCGCAGAAGCUGCGAAACGCAACGCACUGUCGCGUCUUACGUUCUGUUCAGGAUGCGAACAGGGCUUCGGAACAGAUCCCGUUCGCAUCCUGAGGUACCAGGAUUUGCAAAACGGACUAGAAAUCUAUACCUCUCUCCUAAAUCGCAAGGAGAAAUAGACUUCUUCCAGAUGGUUGGUUUGGAGAGUUUCAAGACAAGGCUGUCCUCUGUCUGCAUUGGUACUUGAUUUAUGUUUCGAACCACUGGCAUGCACAGUGUGACAGAAUAGGUGAAUUAGUGGUUUUGUUCACGAGCAAGUAGAAUUUAAACAAGCCUUGUAUGUGGAUGAUUUACUGUAAGUGCUUAGUAGACCCGAGGCAUUUGUACCAGAGUUAAUAAAAAAAUAAUUAAUAGUUUGGGUAGAAUUUUGUGGUAUACAAUUAAUUGGUCAAAAUGGGUAAUAAUGCCAGUGGGCAAUAGAUUAUUUGUAUACAAAGAGGUGGUUUGUUGGUGCCCAGAGCUCCUGACAAACUUAGGUGCUUUGAUUCCAAGAGAUAUUUCUCAAAGGAUUAAACUGAACCGAAACAAGUUGAUAAAGGAGGUUUCUAGCGAUUUAGAACAAUGCACAUUACUUAAAUUUAGCAUUUGGGGUAAGGUUAACAUACUACAGAUUAAUAUUGCCACGGAUAAUAUUAGUGGUAUUUUGUUAUCUAUUCCCCAGAUAUAUUCCCCCCCCCCAAAAAAAAUUGGUUAUUUGGGAAGUUAAUUCAGGACAAUAAGAUAAUGCCAGUAACUGAAGGUGGUUUUAAUUUUCCAGAUAUUAGUAUGCAUCUUAAGGUGUGUCAGCGUGUACAAAUGAUUGACAAGUUUCUCCUCCUAUCAGUGCCCCAGCUUGAGUGAUUCUAGAGAUGGUUUAUUUCACGCUUGUUCUUGGAUGGCUAAUAAUAGUGUCUAAAUAUGGUAAAAGGACCUGUAGCACCUUUGAGAGAGAGGGAGGGAGAUGGCGUAUGUUGGCCUGUCAACUACAAUAUGAUCCACACGCUCACGCUAAAUUAACUUUAUGUGGUAAUCUAGUUCUGAAGAUAGGCAGGCAGUCUUUUUUUUUUUUUUUUUGCGAAAGGAAUGGGUGGCAUGUGGAAUACAUAUAUUAGACCAGCUGAUAGACUCAGAUACAGGAUGUUUAUCAUUUCUUGUUUUACAGCUUAAGUGUCAAUUAUCAAUGAGUGCGAGAGUGGCAAUAUUUUCAAUUACAACAUCUGCUGGUAUCUAUUUAUGGCCCAUCUGCUUUGAGUACUUUGGCAUUUCCUAAACUGUUAGAGGGAAUUAUUGACUACUUACAGAAAACCAAACCCAUAACCACUGUUUAUGAACUCUUAAUGGAUUUUGGUAAGGUAGACGUUCCGGAACUUAGAGAAGCGUGGAAAAGGGAAUUGGAAGAUAAGCAAUGGGAAAUUGCUUUAGAAUCCAUACAGAAUGGUUUCCUUGGACCUGAAAUUGAGAUUGAUACAGCACAAAUUGAUAUUUCUAGUACAUUGGACUUUAUGGCAUUUGUAUAGGAACGCUUUGUCUAAUGCAGAUAGAUGUUGGAAGGUGUAAUGCUGAGAAAUGCGCCUUUGAGAUAUAAGAUCCAGGUUUGUCCAGUGAUACAUUUCUUUUGGACUGAGGUGGUUAUUUACAUCAAUUUUGUGCUGAAAAACUUCUUGAUAUUUGCAGGAGCUCAUGUGCUUUUAAACUAUAUCCCUGUGGGAUGGGAACUAUCAGACAGACAACAAAAGUGGGGUUUGUGAACCCUUAUGGUGGAUAAGAGACUUCAAUUUUGAGCCUGGAAAAAUAAAUACCCACCAUCUAUUACACAACAGUCUGAGCACCUGACAGCCCUGGCAACAUAUUUCAUAUAAGCAUCUAUCUCAUGUGGAAUCUAGGGGGCUUAUGUUUGCUUUUAAGAUUUGUGUACUGAUUGUCAUUGUAUCCACAAUGUGAGCUGGUGGUGGUCUACAGUUAUUAGUAUUAUUCGGAUACAGUGGUACCUUGGGUUAAGAACUUAAUUCGUCCUGGAGGUCCGUUCUUAACCUGAAACUGUUCUUAACCUGAGGUACCACUUUAGCUAAUGGGGCCUCCCACUGCCGCCGCACAAUUUCUGUUCUCAUCCUGAAGCAAAUUUCUUAACCUGAGGUACUAUUUCUGGGUUAGCGGAGUCUGUAACCUGAAGUGUCUGUAACCUGAGGUACCACGGUAUUAUUAUUUGAGUGUUUUUGUUUUAUUUUUUCCUUACCUUGUUGGAUUUGCAAAUAAAAAGUAAUAACCUGUUCGGAAAACUGAGGAGUUACCGUAUUUUUCGCUCUAUAACACGCACCAGACCAUAACACGCCCGUAGUUUUUAGAGGAGGAAAACAAGAAAAAAAAUAUUCUAAACGAAAUAGUGGAUAUAUGAUUUUUGUGGUUCAUGCUGUGGCCACAGACAUGUGAUCUGACAGUGAGUUUGGAGUAGCCCAAUGCAAAAAUCCUGAGGAUCCAUGCUUUGUAACCACGGAGGAGGGAAGGAAGGGGAUCCAUGGAUCCUCUGCGCACGACUGCAGCAGAUCCCCCCCUCCCCGGCCACCCACAAGCAUUCACUCCAUAACACGCACAGACAUUUCCCCUUACUUUCUAGGAGGAAAAAAGUGAGUGUUAUGGUGCAAAAAAUACGGUACUUUCUUUACUGUCCCGUCCCCCCCAUAUGUGCCCUGGAGUCUGUUGUGGACCUUUUGUAUGAAAGCUAUUAGACCUAGCAUUCGCUGCGCACGUUUUGACUUUCAACUGUGCAUCUCUGUGCCUAGCCAAGGAGACUGUCAUCCUCCAUGUUUCUCGGGUCUGUUUAAGCCUGGAGAUAUCCUGCAAGACCUGGACGUGACCCAGUUCCAGAAAUGAGGUUCAGUGCACUUCUGAUCUCCCGGGAAGCGGGUGGUGGUGGUGAUUUUCACAGAGACUGAACUGGAAGGAGAGAAACUCUCGCCCUGUCAUAUCGGCCGUGCUUCAACUCCGCCAGUUCAGACCGUGGCCUAAUUUGGUGAUUUCAUUCUGCCUCAUUAGCUGUCGCUGCCGUAGCAAGAGGGGACACUUUUUCCUGAAACAUUUCCUUCAUGCAUGUCUUUCAAAGGUUUCAUUGUUUCAUGGGUUCAGCGCAAGGGUGGGGAGACACGUGCCCCCUCCCCAAUAUUGCUGGAAUGUAAUUCCUAUCAUCCCUGGCUGUUAGCUGUACUGGCUGAGGCUUAUGGGAGUUGGAGUCCCAAUUGCAUCUUCAUGGCCACAGAUCCCACAUCUCUGGUUUUGUGGAAGAACCACUCCUAAUACAGUGGUACCUCAGGUUAAGAACUUAAUUUGUUCUGGAAGCUAAGGGGCCUCCCGCUGCUGCCGCGCCACCGCCGCAUGAUUUCUGUUCUCAUCCUGAAGCAAAGUUCUUAACCUGAGGUACUAUUUCUGGGUUAGCGGAGUCUGUAACCUGAAGCGUCUGUAACCCGAGGUACCACUGUAAGCAGAUCUGUAGCAAUAUAGUGUUCUACUCCUGGUUUCUCAUAUUUCUCCAGGUCGCUCAGAUACCUGCAUUGGAAGACUAUGGAAUUAAUAGUAUUGCGUUUCCAUUCCUUUUUAGAUGGCAAUGUGUAUUACUUAAGUUAACUUCAAAAUGGUAGCCAUGGGUGUUCGAUGCAGUAGGGGAUAAGUCUCUCGCCCAGAAUGAACCAUAACCUCCAGAUUCCCAGUUUUCAUUUUAAAAAUAAGACCUAAGUUUCUAGCUUUUGUAGAACCUGAAAUAUGACGCAAAAGGCACAGGCAAAAUUCUGUGUGUGAGAGAGAAACUAGCUUGUGUACUGCAGCCACCCAUUGCUGUGUUUUAAUUUACCCCCUGCUGGAAAAAUCUCUGGAAAAUGAUCUUGCUGUUUUUUGGGGGUGCUCCUACUCAUCUUCCUAAGCAAGGCCUUGAUAUUGUUCCCUUGCCUUGAUAGUGCCCUUACCAGAAUGUAUCACGGCAGUGUGUGCAUUUGUAAAUCUCUUUUAUUAGUUAUUGUUUCUAGUUCAGCUGAGCUACAUGUAGUGAAAUUAAUUUUGAAUCUGAUACGAAUGCCCAAGUGAUAACAUGUUGUGAAAGUGGAAAGAAAUUGAUUUUUUAUAUAUGUUGUAGCUGCAAAAGGAAGCUUGUAAACUGAACUAAAUUACAGUUUCAAUCUUGUACACUCUUAUUUUGGGAGCACGUGCUGCUGAUCCCAGUGGCACUUACUUGUCAGUAAACAUGCAGAGGAUUGAGUAGCGUAGUUUAUACGCUAGAAGGGUAUUCAGGCUUUUUGUAAUUUCUUGCAUUAAAAUAGUUUUGAAGGUCUUUAAAAGUCCGCUGCCCAGGAGCAUCAUUUAAAUUAGUCAAUUGUUUAUUUAUCUCCUGCCUUCCAAGAGCCUAAGUUGGCAUACAUGGUCCUAAAGGUAAAGGUAAAGGGACCCCUGACCAUUAGGUCCAUUCGUGGCUGACGCUGGGGUUUCGGCACUCAUCUCGAUUUAUUGGCCGAGGGAGCCGGCGUACAGCUUCCAGGUCAUGUGGCCAGCAUGACUAAGCCACUUCUGGUGAACCAGAGCAGUGCACGGAACCGCCGUUUACCGGUACCUUCCCGCUGGAGCGGUACCUAUUUAUCUACUUGCACUUUGAUGUGCUUUCGAACUGCUAGGUUGGCAGGAGCAGGGUCCGAGCAAUGGGAGCUCACCCCGUUGCGGGGAUUCGAAGCACCAACCUUCUGAUCAGCAAGUCCUAGGCUCUGUGGUUUAACCCACAGCACCACCCACGUCCCUACAUGGUCCUAACCUCCAGUAAAAUUACAGUAUAGCAAUCUUUUAUAGCACCAAUAAUUUCUCAUCCCUGAUAAGACCACUUAACAGACUGAACAUUUUGUGCAUUGCAAUGCAAUGCAAGGGGUUGGAUCCCUGAAAUCUCUUCCAGGUCUGUUUGCAAAACCUGCACGUGUGAUGAUGUUGUUAUUGUGCCAAGAGGAAAGGGAAUGCAGCUCUCAGACUGAGAAAGGCUCCCUUCUUCUUGCCAUAAAACAAAUGAAAACACAGUCGGAAGCUUUUGUGAUUUGGAUGGCUUCCAGGUAAAGUCUAAAGGAUGUCUGUUUAUGUUGUAUGAGACCAUGAUGGUUCUGUUACAAAGCAGAGAUGGAGAACUUGUGACCUUCAGGAUGUAGUGGUACUGUCGGUUCCCAAACCCAGCCAGCGUGGCCAGUGGUCAGGCAUAAUGGGAGAUACAACCCACCAACACCAGGAAGGCUACAAGAUCUUCAUCCCUUGUCUUAAGGGUAAUCAGGCAUCAAGCUGUGCUGAAUCAUAAGAACAGUUUUGCUGAAUUAAAUCAAGGUCCAUUUGGCCCUAGGUUCUGUUUCCAACAGCAGACUCCAAAACUUUAUAGAUCAUAGGGUUGCAUCCAACACUCAUCGUCCUCAGAGUAGACUCAUUGAAAUUAUGAGCAUGACUACCUGAGAUCCAUUAAUUUCAGUGGCUUUACUGUGAGUAAAACAUAGCUGGAUACAUCCCGGAAAAGGGUUUUCUGACUCUAAUGACUCGCUCCCAAAGACCCACCAUCACCAGAGUCUUCUCCUCAAGAUUAAUGGGGCAUAUUGAGAAUCUGCUGACUGGCGAAUGACUCGUUGGCACUUCUGCCUUCAUGGCAACUUGUAACUAAUAAAGCUUUUGACAUUGCUGUGAGAACAGAUAAUUAUAAAUCUCCUUUUAGGGGUAGGGAUUAUUGAGGCUAGUCAUAUGUUCAUUGGUACAAUGUGGUCACAUCUCAUUGACAUUACCGUAUUAGUUCUACCAGAGUCCAGCCAGGGAGUCUUUGACACAUCUUUUUUCCCCCAUAACCUGCAAUUGGGGUACAGUGGUACCUCUGGUUACUUACUUAACUCGUUCCGGAGGUCCGUUCUUAACCUGAAACUGUUCUUAACCUGAAGCACCACUUUAGCUAAUGGGGCCUCCUGCUGCUGUUGCGCUGCUGCUGCGCGAUUUCUGUUCUCAUCCUGAAGCAAAGUUCUUAACCCGAGGUACUAUUUCUGGGUUAGCGGAGCCUGUAACCUGAAGCGUAUGUAACCUGAGGUACCACUGUAUAUGCAUUUUUUGCUGGCCUUGGUAGCCAGCCAAAAUUUGUGCUUCCCAUGGCCGCCUGGUCAGGUCCUAUACUAAAUACAGUGGCUCAAGGGUUUGGUCAGUAGGCCUGAGACUGCCAUUUACGUGAAGGAGGAAAUGUUUCGUAUCGGUAAAAAAAGAGUGCACAGAUUUGCAUGUCCUAAACUGUGGCCAGUUCCACAGUUCCUUCUCGUGGUUCUAUGUCUUCAACCCUUGCAAACUGAAAAUGGUCUCCUUUAAAUUAGGACAUGUGGACACCCGAGGGUAGGCCUCGCAGGAAGAGAAAUACUGGUGUCACACGAUGGAGACAGACUGAAGGUCCCUGCUAGGAUAAUUUUAUUAGGAAUUGGAAAAGUAUCCUCUGGUCCGCAACAAUACCGAGGUUCUGAUGAAAGUCUGUAGAUAAAAGUGCAGAAAUUGCAUCAAUCUUUUUUUCUGAAAAGGAAAGGGGGCAAGGUUUCGCUCUCUCUCUCUCUCCCUUCUGUUUAAAUAACAGCUCUUUGUUCCUCUCCAUUUUAUUUUAUUUUUUUCAAGCGCUUGCCGCUGCGGUACAUACAGAUCCAAGAGUCUUUCAUCCCCAAAUUCCCCACCUUUACCUUCUUCUUUUUAACAAGCCCCAAUUACAAGCCAUUGAUUUUCUUCUGGCUUGCCCACUGAGAAAGAUUGACCUGCUGUGGCGCGUCUUCAGAGAGCAGCCCUCUUUGAGCUGCUCUGAGGUCAGCAGCAAAAGCAGGAGGCCAAGUUAAAAGAUCGUCUCUUCUUCUUCUUCGCUUCAUCCUUCACUUCCCUCCUGCUUGGGGGCUGCGCCUUUUGGAAACGACGAUCAGAGGCACUAUUAUUAGACACCUUCAUUUCAACGUUUCUUUUUAACAACCUUGAGGAGCCAAGGGGGCAGCAAGAUUCCUUUUGUGAGAAGCCUUUACAAUUCCUCACUUUGGGCCUAGAGGAAAUCAUGUCCUCCUUGUUCACCUUUCUUUGGUUUAAAAUCCUCUGUGUCCUCCUGUUUGCCUGCCCCAUCCUUUCCUCAGUUUCCUGUGAUGGGGCCAAAAUCACAGGUGUUUUCAUGUCUUGCGGUGGUCCUCCAGGUAUUGCUAUCGAAGAUCCUCCCAUGAAUGAUGUUGUCUUUGGGUUCAAGGAGUCAAGGAAGGGUUGUUGCUCAGGGCUAAAGCCUCUGUCCUGCAUGCAGAAGGUUCCAGGUUUGAAUCUCAGCAUCUUCAGGUAGGGCUUGGAAAAACCUCAGUCUGAAAUCCUGGAGAGCUCUUUCCAUUUUUUAAAAAACUGUGUUAGAUGAGCCAAUGGUUUGACUUGGUAGAAGGCAGUAUCUGGGACUGGGUGGAUAAAAAUCAAUGAUUUUAUUUUUUUAAAGGAUUUUUUAAAAAAAUUGGAUUUUAAAAAUAGAAUGCUUUUGGAGGAAAAUCUUUCUAAAGAUCGUUUUCUAUUUAAGUUACAUUCUAGUCCAAAGACUAUUCAUCAGUAAAUAAGGAUUUGUUUUAGGUUUUUCAUGUGUGCUAAAAUUCAGUCUUAAGGAUUUUUGUUUUGAUUUUUAAAUGUUUAACCACAUCAAGUUAACAAACAUGGAUACAUAUGCUAUAAUGUUAUUCUUUUACUUAAAUAAAUUGUUUAAAUUGUUAUUAAGGAAAAUAUUGUUUUUCUCCUUCCAACAAAGUACAGCAGAAAAGUUGCCCAAUAUAAACAGUUAACUUAUUAAACCUCACAACAAUUUCAUAAUUAUUUGUAUGUAUAACCAAAUCAGUAAUUUUUGAUAUAACUGUAAAAACUACUCUGAAAAUUUAUUAUUCCAAAAAUGAAACCUUCAUCUGGUUGUAAAUAUUAAGAUUAUACCAGCAAGAAUGAGUCUUUCUGUAAAAAAAAUUUGAUUUCAAUCAAGUCUUACUGACUAGUGAUUUAAAUCGUGAUUUAAAUCAAAUCCACCCUGGUCUGGGAGUUGCUUCUUUUUGUUCCCCCAUCUAUUACUUAUCAAUAAAACAAUUUGGUGUGGCAUGAAAGUGUGGCCCAGAGAAAAAAGUUGAAGAACCACUGAGAUAAGGAAAAACCUUGGAGCAGAACAGACAGGUGCUCGUUCUGAGGCAAAACCUGAGCAUAUCCGGUCAGGCUUGCAGGCCUCUUUUUCUUCAUUAGUGCCAACUCUCUGGCGCUUUACUUUCGGAUUUUAUCAUUCCCACCAGGGCUCUUUGGCAGAUCAUUAAUUUCUCAUUCUCUUCAAAGAGAGAUGCCCUUUCAGCACACUCUGCAAAAGUGAGUAGUUCGGGUUUUUUUGCAGGCAUAUCCCCUGUGGUUUUCCCUUCCAAAACUCUAUUUAGCUGGUCCAAUGCAGGCUUGUCAUUUAAAAAAAAAACAAAAAAACAGAAUUCCAAGUAUGCUGCAUUGAGGAAGAUCUUGAAAUGCAGGGAAAAAAUCCUUUUGUUUAUAUUUUCACACCAGGCUACACCCCUUCACAGUCCACCCUUCACUGUAUUUUCAACAUGGGGGAAUUAAAAAGGUAUCCCGUCUUGUCUGGAACAGGGGGGCUGUUGGAGUGAAAAUGUCAACAGAACCAUUGUGCUUGAGUUGGGUUGCAGACGCUCUCGGCCGUUGGUUUUUUGAGAGCUAGCGGUUUAUCAUGUUGGAUUUCAAACUGUUUGUUUAUUUGCUCAUGAUUUAUAUCCCACUUUUCCUCCUAGGAAGGCAAGGCGGAGUACACAGUUUUCCACCUCCCCAUUUCAUUCUCACAACAGUCCUGUGAGGUAGGGCAGGCUGAGAGGGGGGAUUUGAACCCUGAUCUCACCUCAGAGAUUCCAUGUUAGGUGCAAUUUUAUGGUACGAGGUAAAAAAACACCAGCAGCUGCCACAAGUCUUGUAUUGUUAAUGUUUCAAAAUGUGAAAGCCAGCCUGUCCUAUAAAGCAUCUUUUACCAAAGUGAUUAAUGAUUCAAAAUCGCUAACACGAGGCCAAGAUGUAACUUUAAAUAUGUACAACUAGCAACAGGAGAGGACUUUCCAAUUAUGUUUUAUGUGACCUCCAUCCCACCCUUACCCCUACCCCAAUAGUGCCAGUCAGAAAUAAGGUGAUUUUUUUAAAAAGGGGUUUAGAACAUUACAUUGUACCAAUCAGAGGCUUUGAACUCAAUGAUGUGAUUUUUAUUUUUAUUUUAAGCACAAUUUUUACACCUGCUUCGGUGGAGAUGGUGACUUUUGUACAGCUUUGAAAUUUAAGUUUGUUUAUGAUUCUUUCAUUUUGUUUCCUCUUAAGUUGCUAGGCUAGCAGUUUGCCAGGCUUGUUUGCAAACUCGAAGCUCCACUUGAUUUUCCAUUCAAUCUCUUGAUUUAUAAUCAUCGAGAAUUGUGUCUGUAACAUUUUUAUGUUCUGUUUAAUUAAUUCGCUAUCCAGAUUAUUAAAUAAUUCUUUUUCAUUUCUUCCCAUAUCUCCUUCUUUUUCUUCUCCCUGAUUUUCUUUGGGUAUGCAUUCUGUUGUAUAAAGAACCCUCUUAUAACAGCUUUACUCGCAUCCCAUGCAGUUUUAAUGUCAGUCCCUUGGUUCAGGUUAAGUUCAAAGAAUUCUUUUAGUGUCGACUUUGCUUUUUGUAGGACAGUUUCAUCAUUUAACAGACUCAUUUAGUUGCCAUCUUCUUGCUUUUCUUCUCAUCUCCUUUCAGCCAUGCCCAUACCGGGUUAUGGUCUGAGAUUGUUCUUGGUCGGAUUUCGACCUUAUUUACCUGAAUUAGAAGUUCUUUUGAGGCCCAAAUGGGGGCUUUGAAAUUUAAGUUAGGGGCCACUGCUGCUAUCUACUUGCUGUAAAGUGCUUCAUGAUCAUAGAGUUGGGUCACCUAGUCCAACCCCCUGCAGUGCAGGAAUCUCAACUAAAGCAUCCAUGACAAGUGGCCAUCCAACCUCUACUUAAGAACUUCCAAUGAAGGAGAGUCCACAACCUCUGAAGCGAGUCCGCUCCACUGUCAAACAGCUCUGACACUCAGAAAGUUCUUCCUGAGUUUAAUCAGAAUCUCCUUUCUUGUAACUUGAAUCCAUAGCAGGAGAAAACAAGCUUGCUCCAUCUUCAUGUGACAGCCCAUAUGAGUAUACAUGGGCAAUGUUCGAAAUUAGCCAGGCACCAGGUGCAUUUUGUAUCUGGAUUUCAACUACAGUGGUACCUCAGGUUAAGAACUUAAUUUGUUCUGGAGGUCCGUUCUUAACCUGAAACUGUUCUUAACCUGAGGUACCACUUUAGCUAAUGGGGCCUCCCACUGCCGCUGUGCCGCCGCUGCACAAUUUCUGUUCUCAUCCCGAAGCAAAGUUCUUAACCCGAAGUACUAUUUCUGGGUUAGCGGAAUCUGUAACCUGAAGCGUCUGUAACACAAGGUACCACUGUACAUUAUUAUUAUUAUUAUUAUUAUUAUUAUUAUUAUUAUUAUUUAUAACUCGCCCAUCUGGCUGGGUUUCCCUAGCCACUCUGGGCAGCUUCCAACAAAAUAUUAGAAUACAAAAGUCCGUCAAACAUUAAAAGCUUCCCUAAACAGGACUGCCUUCAGAUGUCUUCUAAAAGUCUGGUAGUUGUUUUUCUCUUCGACCUCUGGUGGGAAGGCGUUCCGCAAGGCGGGCGCCACUACCAAGAAGGCCCUCUGCCUGGUUCCCUGUAGCUUUGCUUCUUGCAGCGAGGGAUCCGCCAGAAGGCCCUUGGCACUGGACCUCAGUGUCCGGGUAGAACGGUGGGGGUGGAGACGCUCCUUCAGGUGCGACCCUACAGCCAACCCAAGUACAGAUGUCUGGCUGCCAGGAUGGUGCCUGACUUAAAAAUAAUAAUAAUAAUAAUAAUAAUUUAUUUAUACCCCGCCCACCUGACUGGGUUUCCCCAGCCACUCUGGGUGGCUUCCAACCGAAUAUUAAAAUACAAUAGUCUAUUAAACAUUAAAAGCUUCCCUAAACAGGGAGCAUUGCGUUUGGACUGUUUUCACACAUGAACGCCCCAUCCUGUAGAAUUCUGUCAGUUAUAUUUUAUCUGCACAAUUGGAAUGAAAAUGCUUUUUUCUGUGCAGCCUGAGCAGAAGCAGUUGCCAUUAAGGAAAAAGGGGUUGGAAUAGGCCAAUAUCUAUGAAGACUUUCCCUGGACCAAGUGACUUUCCUUCUUUAAGUUCUCAAAGUCAUUAACCGAGCUCAAGGUUGUCAUCUGAACUGGCCAGAUGUUUAACUGAGAAUCAAUCACAGUCAAUCCAUCAUUUGAAAAAUAAGACACUAGAGCUGUCUUGCCCCCAAAUGGCAACUAUAUAUUUUGUUUUUGCGACUGCAGCCUUGGUUUAAGGAGCCAUUUGGCACCUAGCUUAAAUACCUGAGAUUCUAACAUUGUAGUCAGGCCUUCAGAAUUUCAGUUGAAUUUGCCUGUUCAUUCAGGCCCCUUUUCAUUCAUGCCUUGCUGAGUCUUACUUUUGCCACGGCCCCAGCCACCACUGGUAUAUGGCCCUCAAGACGUGGCCCAGAAGCGAAUGUGGCCCUUACUGCUGAAAAGCAUUCCCUACCUCUGAGAUUAGGGUCUGUAUUAAGCCCCUUUGUCUAAGCACUGAAGCUGUUCCAACGGGUAUGAUUUAAGCAAGUGUUUUGAAAUCUAACACUUGCUUUUUCAUUCUGCUGGAUGCCAGGGAGAAAAAUGUGCUUUCAUGAAAGCUUUCUGCCAAUUCAGACAUAUAUUGGGACAUACAACAAGGAACAAAGAUGUUCAGAUGUACAUCUGAAAUAUAUGUGGGUGUAGCACAGGGAGAAGUGAGAUUCCUACUGCUUUGUAAACAGCUGACAAAUGUUGAAGUGUUAUUACAGACUCUUAAAGAUGAUACAUUAAGUGAAUGAAAUUUUUAGAUUUUUUUUUUAAAUGCUCUUAGUCUUACAGUUAUUUUGUCUCUUUCCAUUAAGUGCUCUAAACGACAUUAGAUCUGAACACAAAGGUUCAGGGAGUUGGGCACCAAAAUAAUUUAUUGCUCUUUAAUGACAAGAGCUUUAAAAAAAGGCAAGUAGAAUCAAUGAACUCUCUUCAUUCUUCAUGAGUGUCAGGGAACUGACAUCGGAGCUAGAGGCGGAGGGAAGGCUCUCAAAUGAUGCUGGAGAAGGGCCCAGCAGGGAGAGAGGCAGCUCAGCAGAUGGGGAAGCAAAUCAGCGCAACACCAGGAAUAAAGGGGGGCAGAUGGGGGAAUCGGCGAGAGGGCUCCCAGACUCUUCACCGGACACCAGCGGGGAGAGCACGGGUCCUCCGCUACCCACGCCCUCCCUGCGCAGAAGACUUCCGCGCAGAGAGAUUAGGAGGAGACUGGGUGUCAAACAACUUUUAUGUUGGAAAAGGUUUAAGAAACGCCCACUGACGGAUGCUGCUAGCGACUGAGGCAGUCACGAAGUGAAGGGCUGUCCAGACUGAGAGGUUUAACAAGGCAACAAAGCCAGGAGAGGCGGCAACUUACACACGAGCAACCCAUACUCAUUACAAUGAGCUUAGCAUACAAGUUUAAUGUUUUUGUGUGUGUUUGUAAUGUAUUGUACAACUGUGUCACUAAGUUUGUAGUGAACUCAGGAAAUUGUGUACCAGUUUUUCUUACGACUAAUCUACAGUGACAAGGAGCUGGAAACUUGAUAAUCAACUUCUGGUUAGAAUUUCUGUCAUAUUUCAUUACAAAAAUGCGGGUGGUAUAUCUGCCCCUCUCUGUUUGUGCCACAACCCAAAGUAUGUGCAGCUUUAAGGCAUGGGUAGGCAAACUAAAGGACUAAAGGGACUAAACUAAAGGGACGCGGGUGGCGCUGUGGGUUAAACCACAGAGCCUGGGACUUGCCGAUCAGAAGGUCAGCGGUUCGAAUCCCCGCGAUGGGGUGAGCUCCCGCUGCUCAGUCCCUGCUCCUGCCAACCUAGCAGUUCGAAAGCAUGUCAGAGUGCAAGUAGAUAAAUAGGUACCGCUCCGGCGGGAAGGUAAACGGCGUUUCCGUGCGCUGCUCUGGUUCGCCAGAAGUGGCUUAGUCAUGCUGGCCACAUGACCCGGAAGCUGUACGCCGGCUCCCUCAGCCAAUAAAGCGAGAUGAGCGCCGCAACCCCAGAGUCAGCCACGACUGGACCUAAUGGUCAGGGGUCCCUUUACCUUUACCUAGGCAAACUAAGGCCCGGGGGCCGGAUUCGACCCAAUUGCCUUCUAAAUCCGGCCCACAGACGGUCCGGGAAUCAGCGUGUUUUUACAUGUGUAGAAUGUGUGCUUUUAUUUAAAAAUGCGUCUUUGGGUUAUUUGUGGUGAAUAGGAAUUUGUUCAUUAUUAUUUUUCAAAAUAUAGUCCAGCCCCCCACAAGGUCUGAGGGACAGUGGACCGGCCCCCUGCUGAAAAAGUUUGCUGACCCCUGCUUUAAGGAGUCAACAUCGGCUGCAUACAUACCAUAUAUUUCAAGCACAUUUCCCCUCCUCCCCAAAAAUAAUAUUCCUGGGAACUGUAGUUUGUUAAGGGUGCUGGGAAAUGGAGCUUUGUGAAGGGUAAACUACGGUUCCCGUGAUUAUUUGGAGGGGAGAAUGCUUUAGAUGCAUAGUGUGCACAUGGCCAUUGCCUUACAUAGGGGAUGGAUUUGAAUGGGGUAGUCACUCUUGAGUAGCUGAAGAGCUGUGAGCAACAACCUGAGGACUGGCUCAUCCUAAAGCAGGGGUGAUCCUCUAAAUUUUGUUGGACGCCAGGUUCCAUCAGCAUGGCCAGUGGUCAGGAAUGAUGGGAGCUGUAGUCCAGCAAUGUCUACAGAGCCUCAAGGUCCCUACCCCUUGCUGUGUAACGCUGUAAAGGAAGUUAAGUGGUGAAAUAGUGGGAGCAGAGUGGGAAAUGGCAACGGAGGAAACCCAGAGUGCUGUGGCUUUUCUUGCCAUUUCAAAAAGCCCAAGGAUUCAGAGAGAUUUCAUUCUGUGAAAUUUGAACAUACAUCAGAAAAGCCCUACUGGACCGGACCAAAGACCUGUCUAAUCCAAUGUCCUGUUUCCCAUAGUGGGUAACCAGAUAUCCAGCCCUCUCCCACUUGUCAUCUCCUGCCAAGUGGAAUUCAGAAAUGGCAGGUAAUAUAGGCAUCGUGAGUCGUCGUGAUCACUUGAUGGCUCUUCACUUGGUGACUCACAAGCCACCUUGGAUUCCUUUUUGAAGUACGGCUGGAUAUGAUUUUCAAAGGUUGGUGACUCAUCAGCUGAUGACUCGGCACUGAAUGUCUGAACCAGCUCCUUUGGGAAGCAGUCUUUGAUGUGAGAGGUUGGGUGAGAGUUCUGUUGAACGUUUAAUCCACGGGUGGGCAACCUAAGGCCCGUCUUCUCAAUCGGCCCACGGACGAUCUGGGAAUCAGCGUGUUUUUACAUGAGUAGAAUGUGUGCUUUUAUUUAAAAAUGCAUCUCUGGGUUAUUUGUGGGGCAUAGGAAUUCAGUCAUAUAUUUUUUUCAAAAUAUAGUCCAGCCCACCACAUGGUCUGAGGGAUGGUGGACCGGCCCACGGCUGAAAAAGGUUGCUGACCCCUGGUUUAAUCUGUAAUGGCUCACCUCAGGCAUAUAGGUCACGCAGCUGUUAAGUGACGCAUGUCCAUCUAUGCUAGCAGGUGGGGCACCUGUGGCCCUACAGACUUUACUGGACUGCUGUUCCCACUAUCCCUGACCUUUGGCCAAUGCCAUCUAAAAGGCCACAGAUUCCCCGCUCCCGAGUUCACCUUUUCCGCUGUUAUUGGCAUUCAUCUGUUUCAGGAGACAAUGGGGGUUUGCAUCUGAGGUGAAGUCCAGUUGCUGCAAUAGCAGCACCAAUGUGACCUCCCCAGGGCAUAAGCCUGGGCAGUGUAACAGUAUGGGGGUCCUGGGCUGCCCAGAUGACAACAAAAUCCAUUUCAGCCUCACUGAUGUGGUCCAAAGGAAAGCAGAACAAGAUGGCGGGCACCAGCUUGGCUGCAGGAGUUGCUGGAAGGAGGUGUACAAGGUGCUAUCCAAUCACUUUAGGGUUUACUCCUUAGCCUUUUCUUCUCCUGAAGAUAUCCCACAAGGCAGCAGAGGUUUAGAGUCAAGAGUUCUCCUUCUCUAGAUGGGCUGCCUUCCCAGGUGGAUGAGCCCCAUCUGCCCCUCACUUCCCUCCAUAGCAGAAACCACCUUCUUGACUGUUGGACCCACUAUUGGUCUCAUCUGUUCAAUCCAUCAGAGCCUGUCUAUUCAGUACCCCACGGAAAUACAAAAACUGACAAUCUGGGGACAUGGUGUAUGUAACAGUUUGCUCAUUGUUUUCCGGAUGCUGUUGACACUGUAUGCUUAGGCUGGUGUUUAUUGAUAUAUCCCAUAUUUAUUGAUAUAUCUUAUUUGUAUCCCCUUUUCCUCUCGCCCCAAAAACCCCACCUCAAGGUGCCCUGACUGUUAUUGUAUUCCACUCCAUUUAAUAAUAAUAAUAAAUAAUUUCCCUAAGAUGCACGUCAGUGGCAGUCCCCAUGCAUCUUUAGGAAGAUAGGAAGCUGUGUUAUACUGAGUCAUAAUACCAUUGGCCUCUGACCCCAUUGUUUCUUGAGAUGGACAGAUGCCAAUGACCAUUGGCCCGCCUGACAGGCAGCAGCUUUCCCAUGUUUCAGGCAUCAUUUCUCUUCCAGCUCUCAUCUGGAGGUGCCCAGGACUGCACCUGGGACUUCCUGAGUGCACAGCAAAUGCUGCCGUGCCACUGAGCUGCAGCCGUUCCCCAAUAAAGGAAGCUUUAUUUGGGAAAGCCAGGCCUCAAUUUAAUUAAUUAUAAAGAAAUGUAUCAUUGGUACUUCUCCAAGUACCUUCUGGGUCAUAAUUAACUAGUGUGGCUUGCGUAAAAGCCACAGUUCAAUAUUAUUAUUAUUAUUAUUAUUAUUAUUAUUAUUAUUAUAUGAAUUUUUAUACCACCUUUCAUCUGAAGACCACUGGGUAGUUUACAAUAUAAGACUUCUUGCACUACUGCAGGCAGCAGUUUUAACCAGCCCUCGGGGGUUUGUUUGUUUUUUUAAUGUACAUCAUUUUAUUACAAAAUUGUUUAAAAAGUAAUACAAUGCAAUAGCAUGCAAGACAAGGUUGACUACCAAUUUUACUACCGUUUUUUUAAACUCUGCUCAAAAUCAGGCUGUCACUAAAUCCAAAGAACCAUUAAAUAUGCCUGAACAUUUGACAAUAUCAGCUUUUAAAAAUCUAACAGUAGUGGCAUUCAGCUGCUACUUACAUUAGAAUACAGGUCUCCCUACAAUCACAUUACCUAUACACAAUUCUGUACAGUUUUUAUACUGAAGCUAACAAUGAGCUGCACUCGACUUCACAUUCUUAGCUAAAUCAUUGACUUUUGGGUACAAAAUCUUUACAGCAGCUUUAUAACUUCACUCUUCAUCUUCAUCUUCCUCCUCUUCUUAGUCUUCUUCCUCUUCAUCAUCACCUUCAGGUUCUACUUAUUUCAAAUGGGGUGGCUUCACCUCCAGGCUCUUGUUAAUGCCCUCCAAAAACAAAAGCCCUGCUUCUCAAAGUCAGGUGGAGCUCAGAUCCUCCAUUUGUCUUUUUUUCACAAAUCGUUAAGCCAAGCAGCAGGCGGUGUGUGGUGCCUCAUGCUAAUAAGCUGGCAUCCUUCUUUGCCCCAUUUUGCGGGUGACUUUGAAACCUGGGAAGUGCAGCCCUCUCCUGUGGCAAAGGCUCUUUUUCUCCUGAUGAAGCUGCCCUUCUCAGGCUUUGAUGCCUUGAGAGGAUGCUUCCAUCUCUAAGAGAGAGAGAGAGAGAGAGAGAGAGAAUGCUGAUACAGUGGUGCCUCUCAAGACGAAAUUAAUUCGUUCCGCGAGUUUUGUCGUCUUGCGAUUUUUUUCAUCUUGCGAAGCACGGUGUCGGAAAAGUUUUGGAAAAGCUUCAAAAAUCACCAAAGUCUUCAAAAACCUCAAAAAAGGCUACCACACCGCGUGCUAUGAGUUGCUCCUCGAAGUCAAGUCGCAACUGUAUUAACGGUGUUAAGAAAAAGGAAACAAACUUGCAAGACGUUUCCGUCUUGCGAAGCAAGCCCAUAGGGAAAGUCGUCUUGCAAAGCAGCUCAAAAAACAAAAAACCCUUUCGUUUUGCGAGUUUUCCGUCUUGCGAGGCAUUCGUCUUGCGAGGUACCACUGUAUUCUGAUAUUCACUGGCACCCCCUGCAGAGAGCUCUGGGAUUAAAUGUGGCAUCCACUCCCUAGCCAUAAGGUGAUUUUCUGGAGAUUUGGCAUACGGCCCCUUUAUCCUUGCUGCCAGCACUGACUGGCACCUUCAGGGCAGCUUGCAAGAGCCACCUUUUUACCAUCUUGAUAUACGUUUGCCCUGAUAAGAUGUGAACUGCAGUAUCCCAAAGCUUGACACCUUGACGAUCUGGGCAUUGGGACUUCUGUAGGCCUUGCAGGGAUAUGUUUGUGGUGAGGAGGUCAGAAGCACUAGUUUGGUUGCACAUCCACUGACAGAUUAGUGAUGCUUUGAAAUGCACAUCUCCGGAGGCCAUAAAGACCUUGUGUGCUAUUUAUCCCUUCCUCUUGCCAGCAGGAGUCCAGCCAGGCCUGAAAGGAUGCAGAGAGGGAAAUCCCUUUGUUUUGCAGCGCUACUAAGGCAAGUUCCUUGGCAGCUGUAGAGAAACGUAUUUGUGUCUCAAUGUAUGAAGAGGCAGCCUCCAAGAUGUUGCUGGGCUCUGCUCCCAUCAGCUGUAGGUGGCAUGGCCAGUGGUCAGGGUUCUCCAUCACGAAUGUCUGUUUCCAGGCACUGUGAUCAUCUGCAAGGGAUUCCCACACAGCAGGGCUGAGGUUGCCAGGCUUCAUGUGACGUUUGCAGACAUCUUUGUAGCGCAGAGUUGGCCUGCCAACGGGUUCCUGAAGCCAGCUCCCUUGGGGAUUCGGUCGUGGAAACGGAUCCUGGGAUAUCUACAGCUUUAUGCGUUUCCACAGUGGGACGCGGGUGGAGCUGUGGGUUAAACCACAGAGCCUAGGACUUGCCGAUCAGAAGGUCGGCGGUUCGAAUCCCCGCGAUGGGGUGAGCUCCCAUUGCUGGGUCCCUGCUCCUGCCAACCUAGCAGUUCAAAAAACGUCAAAGUGCAAGUAGAUAAAUAGGUACCGCUCUAGCAGGAAGGUAAAUAGUGUUUCUGUGCACUGCUCUGGUUCGCCAGAAGUGGCUUAGUCAUGCUGGCCACAUGACGUGGAAGCUGUACACAGGCUCCCUUGGCCAGUAAAGCGAGAUGAGCACAGCAACCCCAUAGUCAGUCACAACUGGACCUAAUGGUCAGGGGUCCCUUUACUUUUUUAUGCAUUUCCACAAGAGUCUGACGAACACAGUUCCAGCGAAUUGCUUCGCUCAUCAGCAGAAAGCCUUUUGGGAUUUCCUCAGAAGCCCUCAGCACAAGAGAGAACUCCGUAGGUGGCCCAAUUAUUUUGAGCUCUCUGGGCUCCUCCAGGGAAGUAGCAAACAUCUUGUUUCUUUAAUAUGCAAAGUUAAUUAAUCCAAAACUGCUACUGUGCAGAACUUUUUGACCAAUUACAGUUCUCAAUACGUUUCCACAAAGCUGAAAAAAGCAAGUAAAGAAAUCACUGGACCGUCCUUAAAGAAUUCUUUCUAGGAGUUGGGGAGUUUUCCUUGAGGACUUGUUCUCUCUUAAGCAGCAAUUUCUAUCUCACUGAUUAGUACGUUGAGGAAAACUACUUAAAACAUCAUCUGAUCAUCAUCUUUGCUGAAUUGGUUUUUGGCAGCUAACUUCAAAGUAGUAGCCGACCGUGCCGUGUUGUUAAAACCCUUAACCACCUUGCACAAUUGAAAUACUGUAAAUAAAACCACCUUUCAGCUGUGCUAAACUCCAAUGGACUGUCCUUGGAGACAGCUCACUAUAAAAGUGAAGCUCAGCCAGGCGAUACCGUUUGAUAUGUUUUGGUGGCCUCCUAAGAAAAAAAAAUUUUUUUAGAUCAUAGAAUCAUAGAAUCAUAGAGUUGGAAGAGACCACAAGGGCCAUCGAGUCCAACCCCCUGCCAAGCAGGAAACACCACAGAUCCCUGUGAUAAAUGAAACUAAAGAAUACCACAAGAAGCAAAUCACCUUUUAGAUCCAACACAUUAAGCUAAGAAUAUGGUUUUAUCAGAAAGUGUCAAAAUGGUGGUACAUUGAUUGACUGCUGCUCGACCAUCCCUCAGUUACAAAUUGGGAGGAGGGUGGGUGUCCAGAGUAUGGGAAAUGUUGGUUUUACUCAUUAAUAUUUAUUUAAAAGGGACGUGGGUGGCACUGUGGGUUAAACCACAGAGCCUAAGACUUGCUGAUCAGAAGGUCGGCGGUUGAAAUCCCUGCGACAAGGUGAGCUCCUGUUGCUCAGUCCUUGCUCCUGCCAACCUAGCAGUUCGAAAACACGUCAAAGUGCAAGUAGAUAAAUAAGUACUGCUCCAGCGGGAAGGUAAACAGCAUUUCCGUGCGCUGCUCUGGUUCUCCAGAAGCGGCUUAGUCAUGCUGGCCACGUGACCCUGAACUGUACGCCAGCUCCCUCAGCCAAUAAAGCGAGAUGAGCGCCGCAACCCCAGAGUCGGCCACGACUGGACCUAAUGAUCAGGGGUCCCUUUACCUUUACCUUUAACAGGCUUUGUAUACCAGUUAAGCAUCAAAACAUCUUAGUCAGGGGAGCUUUAAAUCAGAAAACUUAUGGAGAAUGGAAAAUGUUUAAGGAAUAUAUAAGAUUAUAUUGUAAAAAUAAUACCAUCUUAGCAGAACUUGAAUGAUACUUGUGAACAAAAAGGAAUGAAACAAAUACUUUAGUGGAAUGAAUGAAAAAGGAUAUAGAGUAAAGCUGUGCGACAAAACCAUGACAAUAGAAACAGUAUAAUGAGAACAAUUGGAAGUUUUAUGCAGAAAUUUUAUUUGAUGGAUAUGAUUUUGUAUAAAUCUUUGAUUUUUUUUCCUUUUCUUCCUUUUCUUCAUUUUUUUUUAAUUUUUAUGUCUUGAUGGUUUCUUUUUCAGUAUUUAACUUUUCUAUACUUACCUUCGUUGUACAUUUGUAUUUUAAAACUAAUAAAGAUUUACCAUGAAAAAACAAAACAACAAAACAAAACAUCUUAGCGUUUGAUAUAAAAUAUACAUUAAAAGUACCAACAAAACCAGAUGUUUAAAACAACUUAGCCUACUAACAGAAAGAAUUGAAACCCAAACAAGUCACCCUGCUUCAUUUUGGAAAUAAAAUCAGCAGAUUUAAAAAUACGUACUAUAAUAUGACAUAUUUAAAAUACCUGUCUGGGUAAUAAUAAUAAUAAUAGUUGUUUAUUCAUUAUACUCCACACAUUCAACUGGGUUGACCCAGUCACUCUGUGCAGCUUCCAGCAUAAUAUAAAAACACAAAAUGGUUUUAUUGUGCAGCAGAAACAGGCAGUUUAGUUGCUGCCACAUGGAAGGGUCAAUGAUUACUUGAAGGUACAGAACAAACACGAUGUGGCACUUGUGAAAGUUUGUCAGAUUGAUGAUUAUAAUAUGAGAUAACCAUGUGUCCAGGCAGACAUUUUCAGUAAGGGGCAAAGAGUAGAAUUCCUUUCCCCCAAAGCUGUGUUUGACUCCUUGCUUCCUUUAAGACAAGCCUGAAAUAAUUUUCCUUUCCAAUUGUGCUUGGCUGAGAUAAGCUGGAGUGGCUGGUAUUCUGUGCCAGAAAUGAGGGUGAUGGCUCCGUUGGUGCUUUUAUAUGGUUUUCUUAUCUGCUUGACUUGUCUAGUUAAUCGGCUAAAUUAUGUAUAGAGUUUUAACUCUUGAUUUUGUUGUUCUAUUGCAGUCCUUUUACUGUAAGCCAGUUUGGCAGGAUCUAUGAUCCAGAAGAGCAGCAUUAAAAACCACUUUAAGUCUAUUUACUUAACUAGCAUAAAAGACAUUUAACUAAAUAAGCUUAUUUAACGCAGUCUGAGCCAAGAGAAGGGAAAUACCCCCUUUACAUUAAUUUGAUUUGAAUAUGCUAGCAGCCUGUUACGUACUGAAGUUCUCACCCUGGGCCAGCAGGGGGAUACUGUAGAUAGUUUUCACUCAGGUCCACAUAUGCAGAUAAGGAAUUGAAAGUGAUGUUCAGUGAUUGGAUAGUUACAGAAAGUUGUUACUGUUGCCUUGUAGUUGAGCUCUAUAUAAGCAGGCUGGCUGAACCCUUCAGCUCCGUUCUGUUCAGGCCUGUGAAUGAACAAGAGCUGUUUGAAGAAUCGCUGUGUCGUCUGAUAUGUUCACCCACAACUUAACACAACCGUACAUAAUGGUAGGAAUUUUGUAAGAAAGAUCAUUUUAAGAAUGGUGACAGGUGCAAAGCAGGUUUGCUUAACUUGAUUUUAACACGCAAAGAGGUAAUUUAUUCCUUUCUUAUUAUGCUUGGGAUUGAAGAUUGGAGAAGAUUUGGGCAGGACCCGGGGCAUGCAUGGGAAGAGGGGAGAGCAAAAAUUUUCAUGUGCAAGUUGAAAUACUUGUGCUUACAUAAUGUUCAGUGGGCACUUCACUUGCAUUUUUGUGUCCUAAAAUGAGAAACGUUUCCAAUAAAUAGCCAGUGUUUAAGCAAUGAAUGGUUGAUCCUCUGUAAUAAAAGUUUUUAAUGACACAGGGUUCGGGGCCGGCUUUCCUUGGGGAAGAGUUUUGAACAAAUCACCGUUUCUAGAUUGUAUCCAAACUAGAGUAUAUUUCUUUAGGUUACUGACAUCCAUUCCAACAAAAUUUUAGCUGGCAAAUAAUCGAGUUAAUCCAGUUUAUUAGAUUUGUAUGCACUUGCAUAGGAACUAAAUGUCAGUUUGCAUUUAUUGGUGCAGAAAGUAUUGAUCUGAUGUGUAGAGAUCUUUCCUAUUCUAAUUAAUUCAAGAGGGUUCUGGAAGCUUCGCUGUGUGAAAGAAACAAGCAGAAGGUUCAUGAUGUUUGGGUUAUUCCUUCAGAGAAGCUGAGUACAGCUGGUUUAAACUGGUUCUCUUUCUGUCAAGGUCAUGCUGCCUAUAAAAGAAGGCCUAGAAGGAGCCUGGGAUUCACUUUCUCUAUCUCUGUGGUGUUCUGUACAUAGUAUGCUUAGUGUUAAGGUUUAGACUUACUAUAAGUUAUGUUAAGUUUAAGUUAAGUCUGCUGCAACUGCAUUAUGGACCGUGCCAAUCCUGAAUGUAUUGGAUUUGUGACCAUUAGGCUCAUUUGCCUUCAAGUAGCAGUAAAGCUCUGCUGGGUGAAAUAUUAUUUGCCUCUGGUCUAUUUUUUGGGAAUCCUGCAACAUGGUUCAAGUUUUUACUCUGCUAACUAUACGUUGGAAUCUACUCUGGAUCAAUAUUGAGUAGAAUUCCACGACACUAAAAGCAUGUAUUUAAGAUGAUGUGUUUUAUACUGUAUUUUAUGCUGUUUUUUGUUGCAUCAAUUGUUUUAAAUUUGUUGUUAGCUGCCCUGAGCCCGAUUUUCUGAACUGGGAAGGGCGGGGUAUAAAUAAAAUUUAUUAUUAUUUAUUAUUAACAGCGCAUGUCUUGUCUUGCAGGUGCCAUGCAGCCCGAUUGCUGUGGUGGCCAGAGCUGAAGGCCAUGGCUAGAAUUCUUUAGGACACACAUCCUGGACGACAUCACACAAUAAGCCAUCUCAGAGAGCACCUUGCCUGGGAGAAGAAGCUGCUCUUGCCAAGGACAGUUGCCCAGCUGCCAUGGCUAGCAAAAGGAAAUCGACCACUCCAUGUAUGGUUCGAGCACCUGAGGCUGAGGAAGCUCUCAAGGACUGUAGUGUGGGAAGGGAAGCAACCGGCACUCCAGAGCAGGAUGCGAGCAAUGGUUUGGUGGCCGGUAAGGAGAGCUGCGAAAACGACUGUGAGGUGAUCGAAGGGAAAUCCUCCCCGGCCAACCCGGCCAGGAAACCCCUCGGAGGCUACGAAUGUAAGUACUGCCCCUAUUCCACGCAGAAUCUCAACGAGUUCACGGAGCACAUAGACACCCAGCACCCCAACGUCAUCCUCAACCCCCUGUACGUGUGCGCCGAGUGCAACUUCACAACCAAAAAGUACGAUUCCUUAUCCGAACACAACGCCAAACUCCACCCGGGAGAGAACAACUUCAAGCUCAAGUUGAUCAAGCUCAACAACCAGACCGUCCUAGAGCAAUCCAUUGAGGCGGCGAGCAGCUCAGUUGCCGUGGAAACCCCUGAAAUCGAGGUGGUUCCUGUCGGGCCUAGUGGUACAAGCAAGACCACCCCAGCGAUUAACGUUGGGAAGCCUAAAGUCGAAGCCAGGAAAGUUUCUUUAGAGAACCACCUGGAUGGGAUCCCUCACCUGAUUACGGAGGCCACAGAGCCUAUCACAUGCAUUAACGGAGCAGAGCUCCUCCACGAUAUCCUGGCCCAUGUGAUGCCCUCUGUGCAGCUCCCGCCGAACAUCAGCCUGGUUCCCAAGGUCCCCGUGCCGCUGAACAGUACCAAAUACAAUUCCGCACUGGACACCAACACAACCAUGAUCAGCUCCUUCAACAAGUUUCCUUACCCGACGCAGGCGGAGUUGUCGUGGUUGACGGCCGCAUCCAAGCACCCUGAGGAGCAGAUCCGGAUUUGGUUUGCCACCCAGCGUCUGAAGCAUGGCAUCAGCUGGUCUCCGGAAGAGGUGGAGGAGGCAAGGAAGAAGAUGUUCAACGGCACUAUCCAACCAGCGGCCCAGACCAUUGCCGUUCUGCCCGCUCACGUCGCCGCUGCAAAAAUGCCACAGCCGAUGAUCCAGACGGCUGUGCCUUGCCAGAUACUUAGCCAGACCGGCCUGGUUUUGACACAAGUCUCAAACGGGUCCAAUGUUUCCCCCAUUGCCCUUGCCGUGGCGGCCAACCAAGGGCAGAAACGGAGCAUGCAGGCCCAGAAGGCGGUCCCGGAAGUCAAGCGCCCGCACGUCGUCGCCGCGGAGGUCUUGUCCAAACAGAUCGCCCCUGCUGCUCCGACGAGCACGACCGCAGUGCCCUUGUCUCCUGUGCUGCUGGCGAAUGAUCGCAAGAAGACUAAGGAGCAAAUAGCAGCCCUGAAGGCGAGUUUUAUUGUCAGCCAGUUCCCCGAUAACGCGGAAGUGUACAGGCUGAUAGAAGUCACGGGCCUCUCCCGAAGCGAGAUCAAGAAAUGGUUCAGCGACCACCGAUACCGGAGCCAGCGAGGGAUUGUCCACAUCACGAGCGAGUCGCUAGCCAAGGACCAGGUGGCUCUUGUGGCUGCAAGGCAGGCGCGGAACUAUAAUCCAUACCCGGACUUCGCUUUCCAGAAGUUCAAAGGAAAAUCCAGAGAACAGCUGGCAGUCCUGGAAGAAAGCUUUAUCAAGAGUUCUUUUCCAACCCAAAGCGAGUUGGAAAGGCUCCGGAACGAAGCCUGCAUGACUAGUCGAGAGGUUGAGGCCUGGUUCUCCGAGCGCAGAAAGCUCAGGGAUAAUAUGGAACAAGCCAUCUUGGACUCGAUGGGGCCGAGCGUAAAGAAUAAGGAGGAAGGGGCUUCCAAUGGUGCCAUCGGUCCGACAGAGCAGUUUGACGUCUCCCAGGCACAGACCUCUUUGUCCAGGUGCUCGACUGCAUUUGCCUCAAGUAGCCAAGAGCAGGCGCACUUGUUGAAGAGCACAUUUGCAAGGACGCAGUGGCCAACUCCACAGGAGUAUGACGAGUUGGCGGCUCAGACGGGGCUCACAAGGACUGAAAUAGUGCGUUGGUUCAAAGAGAACAGGAGCUGCCUACGAACCGGGACGCUAAAAUGGCUGGACCAAUACCAGCAGCAGUAUGCAGUCGAUGGAUAUGACGAGGCAAAAGGACCAGCAGCCACCGAGACGGCGGGUAGCAGUAGCGAGGGUGUUCAGCAACCCAGUAAAGAGCAUCUGAAGCCAGAGAAGCAGGACAUAGAGGGCAUGGAGAAGUCUGAAUGCAGUGAUCGAGGUAGUCAAGGCGAGAACAAGGGAAAUGUAAGUUGGGUGGAAGUCACCAUCGACGAUGACGAUGAUGCUUCGGACUGUAUGGACAGCUGGGGUCAAGCAGUGCCGGGAAGCAAAGCAGGUUUUGAUUCUGAAAGUAUACCUGGCGAUACCUCUCACACCUAAGACAGGUAAUGAUGGGGAUUGUUUGUUGACCUAACACUGGCCAUGGUCCUCCUUGGCUCAGCGUUCUAAUUCAAGGGUUGCAUCCAGCUAUAGCAGCUUCCACUUGUGCAGCGGGACUUCCUCCUCCCUACCCCGCACAGUUCCCAAAUCUGCUCUGAAGUGUUAGAGGAACAUCAACACACUUGCAGACAGUGGUGUGCAGUCAGUGGACAUGGGGAACUAGGCUUGCCCCCAAAAUGUUCCUGGUAAAUUAGAGUACAGUCAUAUCCCUUGUUACGUUUGCUUCAUGUUAUGUUUUUUCAGGUUGUGUUCCGCGGUGACCCGGAAGUACUGGAAAGGGUUACUUCCGGGUUUCGCUGCUCGCGCAUGCGCAGACACUCAAAAUGACGUCAUGCGCAGACGCAGCAGAUUGUAACCCGUGCGUGUGCAGAUGCACCGCUGUGGAUUGCGUUCCUUUCAUGUUGCGAACGGGCCUCCGGAAUGGAUCCUGUUCACAACCAGGGGUACCACUGUAUUAAAGUGUUAAAGCCUGGCACCUCCUUCCCAAAGCCUGGGAAGCUUCUGUGUGAUGCUUUGACGGGGUCGAAGAGCCCUUCCGCCACCUCCCCAAAGCCUGUCCUGCUUUGGGAAGGAGGCAGCCGGGUUGCAGCAUCUUGUCAGAGGCCUGGCACCUCUUUCCCAAAGCCCAGGAAGCCCCUUCCCAACUUAGGGAGGGAGAAGUGAUGCUCACGCAUGCGAUGUCAACACGCCUGGCAAAUUUCGAACACUGCAUGUAUUUGGCUCUAGAUUGGAAUCGAGAAAAAUACUGACCUGUUUUAUAUGCUUAGGAGACAGCAGCCUCUGCAUGCUUUUCAGAUCCACCUUAACUGAUUAACCAUAAUCCAAGGAGUCUCCCAAUUCUCUGUGUGUAUUUUGAUUUCAUUUAUCUGCCCCUGGCUUAAGUGCCUUUUUAAACACUCCUCAUUGCUGAAAACGCAAGCUUAGGCCCUCUAGUGGGAAAAACAUACAAACUCUGACAUGCUUAUUAACAUGGUCUCAUCAUGCUUUCGGGACACCAUCCAGCAAAGAAUUGGUAACACUUAAAGUCAGCGGGUUUGCUAUUGAAAAUAUUGUAUUGUAUUGUUUGUAAGCUGGGGUCAGGUACUAAAGAUUUCUUUUUGAUUGUAGGGUAUCUUAACGCAGUUGCCACAAGAACUGCACACAGUGGAGCCCUGUAAAGGGCUGCUUAGUACCAGACAGAAAUCUGAAAAAUUAAUUUGGUUAGCUUCAGCAUUCUCCUUACUAUUUCUGUUAGUAAAAUUGGGAGUUUUCUAUGCCCAGGUGGGCACAGUAUGGCUUAAUAAGGCAAGCACAGAAAGCAGGGAAUGAGAGGUGACAGAUGCGGAUCACAUGCAAUACACCAGGUGUGUUGCGCAGGCCUAUCCUUUGGCAAGCAUUUGGCAUCCAGGUAACUUACUGGGGGCGAGAAGAGAUGUUGUCUCUUACAAAUACAGUCAUACCUCGGGUUACAGACACUUCAGGUUGUGCUUUUUCAGGUUACGGACACGCCGAAACCCGGAAGUACCGGAACGGGUUACUUCUGGGUUUUGGCAGUCGCGUAUGCGCAGAAGCGCUAAAUUGUGCUUUGCAGAUGCACCAAAUUGCAACCCGGACGUGCACAGACGCGACGCUGCGGGUUGCGAACGUGCCUCCCGCACGGAUCACGUUCGCAACCCGAGCGUCCACUGUACACUCCUCUGCAAGCUUGCUCAGAAAUAAGCCUUGCUGAGUCCAACAGGGAUUUAAUUCCCAGGUAAGUGUGUGUAGAUUUGCAGCCAGGCAGAGCAACCCAGUAAGGGAGAAUGAAGAUGAGCUGGGACGACUUCUUUUUACGGUAGCUUUUUAUGGGCUGCAGCCCUUGUUUGUUUGUUUUUAAAUCCUUACCACUGGUCUUGGUGCAAGGGGAAAUUGAAGUAUGUCACUUCCAGGGCUGGCAUACACCCUCCCCUGCAAAAAUAAAUAAAUUUAUGGGCAUGUCUAAAUGAAUCCAGCCACUCCAAAGCCUUCCCCUACACACACAGCUAUAUUUGUUUCAAACCAGGUAAGAAGAUCCAUUGAAUUUCAUGCACCUGAAUUAGUGCCCCACAGCCAAAAAGCACAAAGGAGGGUUGUUGCUGGUGUGCAAACUAUGUUCCGUUUUGCAAAAUAAUAACCGUAUUCCAUGCACUCAUUUGUUUAUCUGUCUUAGGCAUAUCAUUCAGCUUUCUAGACCUAUCUUUCCACUCUUUGGGAGUACGCCGUCACUGACCCUGGGAGCAAGCAGGAUCUUCGGAAGCAGGGAAAUCUGACGGGUUUUGCCUCCCGGUUCAAGGCACGUGGGUACAGUUGCGGUGGAGAAAGGACAGUCCUGUGGAGCAUUGCUACAGAUCUCACGGUGCCAGAUUUCCACCAGGGGGCUUUUCCAACAAGGGUCCUUGUACAUAGGUUUUUCCCCGCAGCGUCCAACUUGCUUGCCUCCCAUUGUAACUUCCCAUGUACAACGUGGAGACGUCUCGCUGCCUUUCCUGGCUGGUGCGUACGCUGUGGAUUCUCAUUGCCAUCUCAAGGUCGCGAUUUGGCUUAUCGGUUUUCUUGAAAAUUAGUUACCGCUGCGUCUACAUCCAUGACGACUUGGAAACCUUUUUGGCCUCCUGCACAUGUUUCUAAAGAUGUGUUUCUAUUUUCGCAGAGAGAGUUUACCCACCUCAACACAUUUUUACCUGUUCAGUCUAGGGCUAGCUGCUCGUUGUGACUUUCUCAAGAGCCUUUUAUUUGCAAUUGGCUCCCUCUUGUUCCUCUGCAUGCAGGAAAAGCAGCAAAAACAUUUGUCUGGGAGAGACAGCCGAUCUCUUUAACACAUCCUGCAUUUCACCGUUUGCCAAAACAUCUGGAUUAUGGAGCUCCAGAGUUGUUGACAGUACGCCUUUGCUUGUUGCAAGCACCUUUUUCUACUACAUGUAGUACAAUCCUUUUUUUAAAAAAAAAGACUUUACAAUGGAGGGCUUAAGCUUCUUAAUAACUGAACUUGCUCACAAUUCUUUGUUUGGUGCAAAUACAGAGACUUAUUUUUGUCAGCCUUAGGUGCUCUAGUGCACAACGUGGUUUCUUGAACCCUCAGCCACUACAUCUUUCAUUUGUUUCUAGGUCCUCAGAAUGCACUUUUCUUCUCCAAAUAACUGCUGAGAGAGGGGACGAACUGUCACAUUGGGUACAGGUCAAAUGGUGAAGUUGCUUUGGUUUGGAGAGACGGAUCCAUUUCCUAUCCCAACAUACACUGCACAAAUCUAAUUGCUAGGGAGUUUGAAUUAAAACAAAACACUUUUCUAACUUUUUGCUUGUUUGUUGUAACUCAGUAAAACAAAGGCUUUAAUGUUUUUGGUAAGCUUUUCCUCUUGUGUCUCUUUCUUUUAAAUGCAACAUCUUCC